AAUCGACCACUGGCAUAAAAAAAAUGGCAGCAGCCGAUAAAGAUUGGACCUAGUGACAUGUCUUUACCACUAGUUGCAAUAUUUUUGCAUAAUGUCAUCUUCAGCCGCACCGAAGGUGAAAAAGUUUACAUUAAAAACUGUUCUAGAUGGAUUACGUGGAACAGGCAGUUCUUCGCAAAAUCGUCAGGACACGGAAAUUGAAGAAACUUUACGGAGUGAACAUUAUCAUGUGACGAAGGUGAAGAAUUUUAUUACUUGACUUAGGACUAGCCUACACAUAAUUUAGCAUACCAUAGCAUAAACCGUAAAAAAAUAUAAAUAUAUAUAUUUUCAACCACCCCCUGCCCCAAAUGAGCCUAGUAAAUGACUGAGAUAGUUCUGUUGCUAGCGAUGAUUGUGCUAUGGCUAGGCUAAGGCUAUAUAUAACUAUAGGCCUAACUAUUAUUAAUCUAUAAAAUAAUACUAUGCACAAUGACAAUGAAAAUAUGAAAUCAUAAUGAAGGCUAAAAAAAUAAGACAAUUCUUGUCUUAAUAUUUGCACCAAAUAUAUAAGUCAAGACUCUUGGCAAGAGUUCUGAUACUGAUACUUACCACCAGUGUAGUCUGUAACUCAAACUGUAGUAGUAGGUCUCUGAGUCUGAGUGUCUGUCUGGUACUGGGACUUACUUUUUGGGGUAGGGUUUAUGGUGUUAUAACACUUUUUGGGUAGGGCUAAAACGUGUUAUUACGAGCAUCCUAAAAAAUCAACAGACUAGAGCUUAUUUUCCAGUUAGGGCUAAGGGGCCAUCCAUAAAUGAAAGGACGUCACACAAAUUUUGCCAAUUUUGACCCCCUCCCCCAUCAUCACAAAAAAGUUACACACCUCCACCCCCCAAUAUAACAUCACAAAUCUCUGCACCCCUCCCCUAUAAAAAUUCCCUGUGUCCACUACUGUCCUUACAAACCCUUAGCCUUAAGAAAUUCACCUCCCAUGGCCAUGGAUAUCAAAUUACUGCACCUGUGUCAGAAACAUUUCACUAUAACAGUGGCACUCAGUGGUUCUUAACCAGCCCUGAGGUAUGGAAGACCAGAAAAUUGUAUUCAGUGGCGUAGCUAGGGGGUGCGGACCGAAGGAUAACAGAUGACACAUAAAUUUUCCACCUAUUCCUAUAUAAUGAAUCAAAAUGCAUGUUUUAUUAAAAUUUCAAGGUUGAUACAUUGACAAUUAGGUUAACUUAUUAUUAGGUCAGAAACACACUAUUUUUACCAUGUUUCAAGGCCAAAUGAAGUGUUCGGUAACUUUUGUGACAGGAAGCUAUAAGCUAUAUUUAUCUAAAAAAAGCUAUCCUUUGAUAACAAUGGACGAUUCUAAUUACAUGUCGCAGCUCUUAAAUGACCUGACCUUCAACUAAUGUGUUGUUGGUGUUGUUGUUCUUGUAUUUGUUAUACUGUGGACUAAGUUUAAACAAAAAGAAUUACAGCGUGGAAGUGGGGUGACACUAUGAGAAUACCGGAACGGGUGACACCAAUCCUAGCUACGCCUUUGAUUGUAUGUAUUGGCUGCCAUUGCUAGUUGUUGCUGCUUUUUUAAAAUAAAAAAAAAUGUUUUUAUGCAUUUUGAUUAGCAAGGAGUAAAUGUUUUUCUGGUGAAUUUUAUUUGCACAUUGCUUGUAUUAAUAAUUUUUUCCUUGUUUAUAAAAAGUGAAUUAAAGAAAUAAAACUAUGAUAACUAAAUUAUUUAAUUAUUUAAAUUUUUAUUACAAUAUAAUUUAUGCGGUUUGGAGGGGGGCUGUUUAAAACGGAGUGGGCCUGCAGCACAGCAGAAAAGGUUAAGAAUCCCUGCCCUAGAGCAUUUACUUAGAUACCCUCCCCCCAUCAACCAUUUUUUUUCGUUCCAUCCCACUUCACAUGGUAGUCCUAAUUCUAUGACUCCUGAGUCCACAUUCAGCCAUAAAUUCUCACGACUGUCAUUGUAACUACAUCCUGAUUCUCCUCCUCCUUGGGGUCCUGUAACUUGAUCAGAGGUCAUUUUUUGGACCUCUCAUACCUGUACUGAUUCUCUCAUUGAUAGAAGUUUAAAAAUAAAAUAAUUAUAAUUGUUGUAUAAAAGAAUAAUGUUAAAAAUGUCUGUAAUUUAGGAUUAUUAAGUGCAAUUCUUUACUACUUCCACUUUUCAUGUGAUGUCACAUUGCUUGAGGGCCCCCUCCCCCUACACAUCAUCACAAAAAUCUGACCCCUCCUCCCCCGUAGACGAGUGACGUCAUUUAUGGAUGGCCCCUUACUUAUUUUCUGAGAGAGUCUCUUAAAUCAUUGUAAAUGAAUGUAAAUUGAAUGUUUCAGUAUAAAUUGUUCUGUUUUUUUUAAAGUAUUUAUUCGGCCUGGUAUACUUAAGGCUUUUACUUUUGCUUUAGCUUAAUUGCCUAAUGUCCAAAUAAUCAGGCCUAUUCCUUAAUUAUUUUCAAAUUAAUAUCUUUCUGUUCUUAAUUUAAUUAGGGAUAGAGCAGUGGUAGGCAACCUAAUAUUAUAUGACAUGAGUAUAUUUUCUCUAUUUGAGACUCAAAUUACCAUUGUAGCUAUAGAAUAUAUUUUAUGAUGAAAAAACAAAACAUUUUUUUAAAAAGAAGGUGAAGUAAGAUAUAACCACCAGCUUAGAUUUGAUGCCUGUGACAUGAGCACUACUAUUUUAUUACUAUCACUAGACCACACAACUCCAUAACAAUGAAGAAUAUCACACACUGUUUUAAUUUACCAAAGCUGAUGCCUGCCUUGUCAAAACAAGGUAAAGAUGGCAGCCAUUAGUAUAACAAUUAAAUAAUUUAAUGUUUGAUCAUGAAAAGGCAGCACUGAAUAAUUCAAAAAGCUCCAUGCGGUUGAUCACUGGAAUAAGGUUAUUUGGCUACUUAAUUAAAAUAUUUUACAUGUCUUGUAGCCUUUUAGGCUCUAUAAUGUACUAAGCGUGUGGUUAAAAAUUUUGAAUAGACCUAUUGGGCUUAACAUAAAUACUACUAUUAUCCCAACUCAAUUCAUGUUUAUUGUCAGUCAUAAAUGAAAAUGUAGCUAAUAAUGAUGUGACAGAGAAUAAUACUAACUUUAGCUAUAGACCAUGGCCAUUGGUAACCUUUUCUUGUCUAAAGUGGAGGUAGGAAGAUCACUUUAGAUAUAAAGAGAAUGGAAUGGGACAUUGCAAUAGUUCUUGUGCAUUUUUCCUAUCUUUUUUUGGUUUUCCACCCUGCAGGUUUUAGUUAUAGUGGUAUUUUUGUAAAACUAAAAUAAUUUGUUAACUAUACUGCCAGUUGACAAGCCAAAAUUUAUGAAAUAUGUUGAAAAGAUAUUCAAUUUUAAUUUCAAACAAUACUAGUUUGACUAUAGUUAGAACAAGUAAGGCAUAACUGGGAUUUGUACCUCAUUGUUUUUACUAUAUUUAAAUACAAGCAUUGUACAACUCAUUUUAUAAUUUAAAACUAUGUUUAAACAAAUAUUAAAGCUCAACAGCUACCUUUGAUUCUUUUUUAUAAAUAUAUCAUCAUCAUUAAGAUCCAAUGGCCAUUAGGGCAUGUGCCAUGCAGCCAUGGGGAAGAAUUUACACACUCUCUGCAAUUGUUCAUUGUUGUUAACAAAGCAUAUUGGUGUAGUCUGGUAUUUUUAUUGAUAGUCUAGGCGUAAGUCCUGAAGUGCUGGUCAGGGGAUUUGUUAUUGUCUCAUUUGGAUGUUUGCAGAGGGGGCACAUUGGUGUCUUAUGCGAUUAAGGUGGGAAUUAAGCUGUAUGUGUGGUGUACCUGUUCAUAUCUUUGGAGGCAGUUUGUUGGAUCUUUAUGGUCUGGGCAUUUGUGUGAAAACACAUCUUUCUGUUGACCCUAUAGCCCAGAUUCCGGUACACUCUAGCCUUUAGAUCGUAUACAACAUAUCUAGUAUUUCCUGUCCUGCCUACUGCGCACCUAGUUUUUUAUUAUUGCGUCCAGCUUAAUGGAAUUUUUGCCAUUUUGUUUCCCUCGCGUGCUGGGUAAUUUCAAUAAUGAAGAGUGGGAGCCCUGACAAUGGUCCAAUUAGAACACUCCACAAUUUUAUAUCAUCAGGCUGUCGAAGCUUAUCUUGGUAACUAAUGUCGGUGCACCUGCCAUGGUUGGUACUACCAAGGGACUUGCGAAUCUGUUCAUCAACCACUGCAGCUCUUUGGCCUGUGUGCAGGAGAUACGCAACGCACACUGCAUCCUGCACCAGGAGGUAUUGUUUGUCAAUGUAGCAAACAUGGACACAUGUCUGGUUUUUUUUUGGGAAGUUAGUGAAUGCAGUGCUUGCUCGUCCUCUCAACCACUGCAUCUUCAAGCACAUGUGCAAAGUUUCAGAGGCUGAUUACGGUGAUCUGCUUUAUCACACUUAGGUUUGCUGGCUCAGUAUUAGUCUUAAAGCCUGUCUUCACCCCCCAAGGGCCUUUAAAAAUUCUUUGAUGAGGUUUUGCUCUGUUGGUUUGGCUUCCUCACUGAUAUCAGCUCUCACCUUAAUGAAAUUAACCUGAAGCUGCAAGGGCCCAUGAGCUGGCAUUCAAAGCAAACCUGAUUCUGUGGGAGAAACAACUGUAUAAGAGUGACUAUGUUUAUUUCCCUCACCUCGCUCAGAGUGAUGCAGCCCUCGUUGAUGCAGAAGAAUGCAUCAGUGUCCUGUUAACACUGCAGAAUUAAUUUUCUUUACACUUCACUGAUGUGCAUUCUCAUUCGCAAGAGUUCAAGAUCAUCAGCACUUUUUUUUACUUUACCUACAAUGACACCCCCUCUGUCUUGAAUUGGAGUUAAUUGAGCUGCAGACGUUGUCCUGUCCAAGUUUGCUUCUUGCACCAUGCUCAUUGUCUUCUACCACAAGCUCAGUUUCCAAUGUUCUUAGCCCAUGCCAAGCAAUGUGAUCGCAAUGUUUGGCAGCCCUUAUUUGUGCGAGCAUCUAUUCUCCAAGAUGAAGAUUAGUAGGAACAAGCUGCGCUCUCAGGUCACUGAAAAUAGCAUUAAGACAUUCAGCUACAUUAUUCCUCAUCCUUAGAACCUGAUACAAUGCUAUCGCUAAGAACAUGCAACAUCAUGCUUCCCAUUGAUCAUACCCUAUAUUUGAAUAAAACAAUCUUUCCAUGGACACCUUGUUUCUUCUGGCCUAGUGUGUCUCUUGACCCACUAAAUGGCCUAGUGUGCCUCUUGACCCACUAAAUGGCCUAGUGUGCUUUCUUGACACCUUGUUUCUUAUGGUCUAGUGUGCCUUCUUGAUGUUCCCUGGUAGCCAUUGUGUUGUUGACGUCCUUGGCAUGCGAAGAUGACCAAGGCUACAUUACACAGUGAGUACGCAGGUGGCCUGCCAGGCCUAUUUGUGCCUGGAAUUCUUUCUUGCACAUGGGACACACAUUGUUUUUGAUCCAAGUAGGAUUUGUGUCAACUCUGCUUUACUUUGCUGUGCUCUUUCUUUGGGGUGAGCAGUGCACUUAUAGACAGUCAUUGGAAGUAUUUUUUCUGCCCACCAGCUGAGCAUUUCCCACAGGAGAGUUCACCAAAAAUUAUUUGUUUGGGAAGUCUGCUGUCUGGCAUUCUUGCGACAUGCCCUGCCCAUCUGGCUUGUCUUUUUUGUAGGAGUGUUUGGAUACUGAUCUAGGACCUCUGUAUCAGGGUCUCAAAAGUAUCCAGAAAUUCUAUAGAUGAGGCAGAACCUAAUAUAUCUGAGCAGUCACUACCUCUAAAUAUUUUUUUUAUCCUUCCCUUUUUAUAUACAUAAAAUCAUAAAAAUUAUUUUGGUUAAUUUAACACUGCACUUUCCAAAUGUAAAAAACAUAAUUGUUUUCUGUUUAUUUUAAUUUUAAUACUUUGGCAGCCCAUCAUUAACUCUUACGUCUAAUAAUCUAAUAUCGAAUUCGGAGUACCCCAGGGCUCAGUCCUAGGCUCGGUGCUUUUCACGAUGUACAUACAGCCCCUGGGUGCAGUGAUCAAGCAGUUUGACAUGCAAUACCACAUGUUCGAGGACGACACCCGACUUCAUCAAUCCGUGAUCCCCUCUCAGUUCCCUCAGCUUCUCAGUAUGACACAGAAGACAGUGGAGUCAGUUAAGCACUGGAUGACCAUAAACAAGCUCAAAUUGAAUGAUAAUCCUGAGCUGAUCCCCAUUGCGACCACUCAGAAGCAAAAAUCUGCUAAUAACUCGACAUCAAUUACUCUCUCAGGUGUGCGUAUUGAGUUAGCUCAAACAGUGCGGUACCUGGGUGUCUACCUAGAUAGAAGACUAACUUUGGAAAGUCAUAUUAACAUGCUAUGCAAGACGAUUUUUCUAGAGCUGCGCAGGAUUAGUCACAUCAGGCCCUUCUUAACAAUUGAUGCAACAAAGAGGCUGAUGUCUGCAUUUGUGCUAUCACGCAUUGACUAUUUCAAUGCUCUCAUGGUGGGUCUUCCAGCUACGCUCCUUGAUAAACUUCAAAUAACACAAAAUAAUGCGGCUCGCAUUGUUCUUCCCAAACGCAAGUUCGACCAUGCUAAAACACUUAGAGCUGCACUGGCUGCCGGUCCGUGCUCGCAUAGAGUACAAAAUUGCAACUUUGUGUUACAGCUGCUUACAUAACCUGGCGCCGUCCUAUCUGAAAGAGCUGCUGACGUCUCAUGUACCCACUAGACAACUCCGCUCAUCCAAUAGUGGCAAACUCUAAACACCACAUGUUCGCCUUGAGACUUAUGGAAAGCGCACUUUCGCAUUUGCUAGCCCAACAAUUUGGAACGCCCUUCCUGUCACCCUCAGAAACAACCAGACACUGGAGUCCUUUAAAACCGAUUUAAAGACACAUCUAUUUUGCAAACACCUUCUGGGAUGAUUGUCUACCAUAUUUUCCAGUUAAUGCAUAUUGGCUGUGUUGCGUAGGGUUGAAAUGGGUAGAAUGACUUUGACUUGGUAUGCUUGUAAUUAGUUUUGUAGUGUUGCGUUUGUUUUAAAUGUGUUAAAUUAUAGGUUGGUAUUGUUGUUUUUUUUACUUUGUACUGCGCUUCGAGCCUUUGGGGAUGAAGCGUGUUUUUUAAAUAAACUUUAUUAUUAUUAUUAUGUUGUUUUUUUAAUUUUAAAAGUGAAAAAGUGUGCAUUGUUGCAGAAGACGGUACAUUGUAAUCUGUCUUAUAAAAUGCUUGUAAGACAUUGUAUGUAAUUAAUAAUUUUUAGCUUCGUAUUGUUAUAGUUUUAUUGAUAAUUGUAUUCAUUAUUAGUAAAUGGCACUAGGUUCUUUCAAAUUUUACUGAGCAUACAUGUAAUGGCUUUGACCUCUUGUCUGAAAAUCAUUGGAUUAUUAAUAACCAAUGGGAACUAGUGGUAACUAAGUAGCCCAAUUCUAUACUUGCAGACUCAAUAGCAUGUUAGGCAGCCAAAGAGUUAGUCUGCGAGUGAACACUCUUUGCUUUGGCUCUUGCAUGUUAGACUCCUACAUUUUUGUGAUAUGUUUGUUAAGGAUCUCCAGUUUUUCCCAAAUGCUUUCUUGUAGGCAUAUUUGAUGAAAGCAUGGCACUUUUAUGUGUCUUGACUGUCAUCCAUUACUGGGAGCCUUAAUAAAAUAGCUACUGUUAAAACCAGUAGUGAAAUGGAGAGCCCCAACAAGUGAUUUUUAUCAUUGCUAAAAGAAACUGUGCCAGAAUGUUUUUUUUUGUUUUUUUUAACUUUGAUUUUUAGUAGAGAUGAUCUCACCAAGCAUGUAAACUGAUCAACUUCUUUGAGCCAGUGGCCAUUGAUUCUAGUUUUCGAAGUUCUGUAAUUCCCUAGUGGAGAUUUUAUGUAUAGAAAGUGCUUUUCUUUAAAUUUAUGUUUAUAUAAGGGCCUGAGAUGCUUCAGCAAACUAGUUCCCUUAAAUCUAAAACCCAGAAUGUAAAAAAAAUAUGCUCCUUGAUACAUGUAUCCCUGGUUCUUGCUUGGACUAGCUAUUUAAGCUACUUUCUUAAUAAUAGUUUUCAUUCUAUUUUUGUUUUAUAAAUUCCAGCCAACCUGAGAAACCUUAUUUUUAGUUUCUUGGUGGUAUGGUAGGAAUCCAAGCAAAUGCCUUUCAGUAUUGAAAGCUUUUUAAGAAAUGGCCACAUGUGAGAAUGCUUGAGUUAUAAGUUCAAAAUAGUGGAGGAAUCAAUUGAAGAUAACACAUAUUUUAAUAAUAAACUAAACUAAAAUAAACUAAAAUUAGUACCAGUAUAAAUCUCAGGGUACAGGUACUGUUUUGUUAUUUAAUACUCUCAUGCUGAGUAAACUUAUUUUCAAUUUUUUUCCUUUUCAGACUGUUCGGCAUGGAUUCCCAUUUACACCUACAGCCCUAGCAUUUGAUCCUAUUCAACAUCUUUUGGCAAUAGGCAAUAGAAAUGGCUCACUUCGAAUGUAUCCUUCCAGAUAAAUAUUUAUUUUGUGUGAACUUUAAUUUCAAGUACUGUUCAAAAUUAUUUUAGUCUCUCUCUCUCUCUCUCUCUCUCUCCCUCCCCCCCCCCCCCCAAAUAGUUUUCACCAACUAGAUAUUUAUUUGGGGUAACUGGUUGCAGCAGUAUAGGUUUUGCAAUGUUAUAUCAUUAUACAUUUGUUAUAAGAGGGUUGAGUCUUGGGAGCAGGACUGUGUAAAUAAAUUUUUUAUUUUCAUUCAGAGAAUUUUCAACAAUAUUGCAUGUGCGUCAAGGAAAUGGCAAAACAGUUGACAGUUUCAAAUAGAAAGACAGGACAAUACAAGGCAAAGAGCAUUCCUCAGCAGACAGGACAAAUGAAGAAAUAUCAAGAAAUAGAAAGUACUUUAAAAAACUUCAGUGUUCGCCAUUAAUGGUAAAGCUGGAAGUUUUUUUUUUCAAAACCAAGAUUUUAAAGGAAGUAAAAGAAUUUAUGCAUUAUUACUGUGGGAAGAAAAAAAGAUUUUAACUGACAAAAAUAUUUGGGAAAUAUUUGAAGUAUAAGAAGAAAAGAAAUACUGUACAGGGAAAUUGAAGAUCACUAGUAAGAGUAAGAGAUAAUUUGAUUAAUUCCAUAUGGUGAUACUGUGCAGAAAAGCUGAGCUAAUUUGUUUUCCUUAAAAAACUCUCACUGAUGUGUAAGUGCAGCAAAGCAGUGCCAGAUUGAAACAUAUGAUCUCCCUUUGUACUUGAGCCUUUAUCUGACUCUCUCACUCUUCCUUUUACUUUUAUAAUUCCAUUUAUAACUGAUAAGUUAUUUAGAACAGUUUUUUCUUAAAAUGAGUUAUUAUGGAUUAGGAGGUUACUUAAUCAUCUUGGUUUAUUAUUCUUAUUUCUCAUGCUAAGCGAAAGGCUUAGAGUGCCAUAAAGUUGUAUUGAAUGUUUGAUUUUAAAGCCCUCAUUACAGAUGUCCUAAAUUCAAACUAUCUGAUGGGCAUGGGCAUCAUUCCGAGACCUAGGGGGAGCAACAAUAAUAAACUUUCAUAAUUCAGCAUUUACAUAUGUAACACAGGAAUUCUAAAAUUUUAGUAAAGAAAAGUCUCGAAUGCAGUACAGACAGUAGAAUUAAACAAUAAAAUGUUGAUAUAAACAGUAGCAUAUUUGACCAAAUACGACCAAAAGCAAAAUCCCCCCCCCCCCCCAAAAAAAAAAAAAAAAAAAAAAAAAAAUUCUUCUUUAAAUGUAAUAUUAAAACCCUAAAAGUGUAGCCCCCUUGGCACCCCCCACCCCCUCCAAGAAUGUAAUCAUUUUUUCGGUUCUAAUAUUCAACUGUUCAAUUAUGGACAUGGUAUAUUUUUUUAAAAAUUUUGCAGAUGCUGUUAAUAAAACAAUGCCCCUUUCCAUUAUUAAUGUAUUUUAACAAAUAAAGCAUAAAAUCUCUAAAAUUAUUAAAAAUUAAUAUAGUUACAACAUUGACUAAUUUAUUUCGUCAGCAAUGCAUCUAUUGGCUUUAAAUUUAAAGGAAUGCGAGAAACUCUUUCUUCCCCAUCAAAUGCGUAUUUGCAUUUUUAGCUGAUUUAUGAGAGAAGAAUUGCCAAAGCAUUAAAAUAUAUAUCUCGAGGCGUCACUGAAAUUGACAUUCCAAGUUUGACGUUGCCCUCCAAGGGCGAUGUGUCUGUGAACAGGCAGCUUGUCUGGAGGCCGCAUUCCAACUCUCCGUGACGGAAAUUGUCAUGCCAAUCAAAAACGGCUUGUUAUUCCCAAUCUGUAAGCACCGACUCGCGUCAUCGCUGGCUUCUGGAUUCUCCAUCCAAUUUUUUAAAAUGUUUAUUAAGAGCAACCGUCACUCGCUAUUCCCAAAUGUUGCCACACGUUAAUGAAGAUGAUAGUUUUUUUCCCUCGAGAAUAUUGCAGGAUAGUUUUAGUGUCCCUUUUUAAUUUUUUUCUUUAAAAAGCUUUUAGCAUUUGUUAUUUGUAUCUCCCAUCUUCAAUUUUGUUUACAAAAUAAAUAUUUGUUUGUUUUUCAAACAAUACAAUUGCUGCAUUUUAAAUGAUAUUUUUUGUUCUGUAGCAUCCAUGUUAUGAUGGUAGUUGUAAAGUCUUAAUUGAUUAGGUGUUGGAAAAUGGCUGUCAAUCCACUUACAAAUAAUCCACUUACAAAUUAAUCCACUUACAAAUAAGUACAUUAUUUAAUUGAUUAACCCGUUUUAUUCAUAGGUUGAAUUUUCGAAUAUAUAUCGUUUUAUCGUCUUUUUAACAUUUAAUAAAUAAGUCAUACUAAAGAUUUAGAUUUGUUUGGACAACCGAAUAAAACUGGUACCGAUACAAGCGCUUUUCAUCAUAAUUCAAGAGGAUUUACUGAACAGCUUCAGUAAUAUCAGUAAUAUACGGCCAAAUUUUUUUUCCUUACAAAAAGGUUUAGUAAAUUAAGAGCAGCAGUGCUUAAUUUCAAAACCAGCGGUAUUUAACUUAAACUAUUUUGUUUAAACCACUACAUAGGCUAUGUGUAUCGCCACGUCGUUACGGAUACCUGUGUGUAACGUCAUGUUGUUUUUUUAUUUUACCGGGGUAAAUUAUUAUUUUAUGUAAUACCAGAGACUCACCCCCCCCCCCUAUUCUAUUAUUUUAUCAGGCGUGCGAUAUGUCAGAAUUGAAUAGGCUGUAAUCACAGUUCACAGAUUUAAACGAAAUGUUACUUUCUCAUGCAAUCCUGCCCUUGCUAUGUGCUCUGAUAAGAAAUAACGGGACAAACAUUUCGAUUUGAUGAGGAUUAUAAGUAUAGUGGUAAUUUUUUGUUGCAGUCACAUUACUGUGGAACCCGGUUAUGUCAACGGCCUAGGGGUUUGACAAAAAGCGUCGAGUUAACUGAUGAUCGAGUUAACCAAAAACCAAUAUUGUGGCAAUAUAUGAUGGUUUGCUUGAAAUGUCUAUGUACAUGAUGUGCGCUAAUAAAUGUAGGUACUUAGUAAAAAAAAACCCAAACAUACUGUUAAAAAAAUAUUUCAGUUAUUUAGAAAAAUUUAAAAAAAAAAUAAAAUAAACCAGAAUCAACUUUACUUUAGCUCUAGUACUUUUUAAGCUACGAAUUUUUAAAGUGCGAGUUCGUUUGGUAUUUUCUACUCUGGACGAAGCCUCCACAUAUGUGACCUCAUUCUGCUGAUCGCGUCUUGUGUAAUGACUAUAUAGUUUAUAUAAGGCAACGCACCCCCUUAUUACUAAGAUACUAUUCAGGGACUACUUAUUUUGAACUUUCAACUUUGGCACAUGACUAUUUAAUUAAAGCUUUCCCUGGCCAAUGGAUUAAUAGUUUUUGCACACGGCAAACUGUUAUGAAUGAAACUCUGACGUAGUACCACGGCAUAGCCAUUAUGCAGUACAAGUGACCAUGAAUGGCUACACACGGCAAAUUUUGAUCAUUGAUAAUAUGGACUCUACCGGAUUUUAAAACCUCAAAUUAAAACAUAUUUAUUUAAAUUACUUUUAGUUUCAUUCUAAAAGACAAGUUCUGUACUUUGAGAAAUAAUUAUUUUUAAUGAUGCAAAAUAUGCUUAUUUGAGUAGUCUAUCCGUAAAUUUGUUAAAAAGAAAUUUCAUCGACGAAAAAUUGAUCGCCGAAAGUUUGGUCGAAUUUUUUUUUCAGUUCACACGAUCUUUUUCGUCAAAUUUCUUUUAGAGCGCAAUAUUUUGUUUUACUAUAAUGCAUAGUGCGUUUAAAAGGAAAUUUGACGAAAACUUGAUCGUGUGAACUUGAAGAAAAAAAUCGGCCAAACUUCCGUUCGAUCACUCUUCCAUCGAUCCAUUUUUCUGUCUUAGAAAUUUAUUUCAAACAAAUUUCCGGUAACCGUUUAUUUGUUGUUUGCUGUUUCUUCAUGCGGAGUUCAAGAGCCGGCGAUUGUUCAUGGGGCUUGAGAUAACCGAGGUUAUGUGGCUAAUUUGGCCCCCUUUUUGUGCUCGGGAUAUUAGGGUUCGGCGAUUAUAAAGAAUCGACAUAACCGAGGGGAAAAUGCUAAGACAAAGAGGAAAUUUGGCAGUUCCACUUCAAAAUCGUCGACUUAACAGGGUUGGCGAGUUAACCGAGGUCUAGAUAAGUGGGUUCGACUGUAUUUGCUUUGUUUCUGUUACAGGUGUUCACCUAUUACCUCCGCACACUAACUAGCUUCCGGUAUAUUACAAAAAUGAGGAAGGUUGGUAUUAAAGGACUCGUGUUCAUUCAUAUUUUGUCAUUAGCGUCUCGUCAGUUUCAAUGGUUUAGCGGUUUCGCACAGGGUUCCAUAACAAGGUUAUUUGAAUUCUGCUUCCAUGGGCCCACGUUCUGGAACCAGCUCCCCUUCCAUAUCCGUCAUUGUGAAACCUCGUCCAUUUUCAAAAAGUCCCUUAAAACUCAUCUGUUUAGGUCCGCCUAUGACCUGUGAUGCACCCUCCUUGCCCUACCUCAUUUUCUGUUUCGGGUUGAUCCUAAAGUGUCGAAGUGUCCUCGUUUUAUAGCCAUUUUCAUUGUUUCUAUAGUAUAGUAGUUACUAUCCUAGUGUCUCAUUUUUAUUUACUUAGUUAACAUGUUUUCAUAAUUGUAAAGCGCUUAGAGCUUUAUGGUAAGCGCUAUAUAAAAAUGCCCAAAUAAAUAAAUGUGUACUAUUCAUGACAUCAUACCGCAUCGUGGACAUAUAAAAAUGCUUUUGGUGUUCAAAAGCUGUCUUUGUUUAGUUUUAAUUGCUUUUAAGUAUGAUCGAUUAAAAGAACCAUUCAGCAAGGAAGCGAUUAAUUUCUAUGUGAGCCGGUAGCAUAUUGAUUGAGGACCAAGAUCUGGGGUUGCUUUCCGGGAAUAUAUUUGGGAUAUUUUCCAUUAAUUCGGGAAUUUGAAUAAAAUGCUUUUCAUUUCGGAGUUGGCGAUUACAGCACAUCCUUUGAAUGCUCACAGCCGUGUCCGUUAGGACUAAGCGUAUCUCUUUUCUUUUUUUAUUAAUUCAUUUUGAAAUCUUAUUUCUCUCCGUCACUGUUCUUCCUUUAAUUUUAAACAUUCGGUAUUUCAAUUUUACACCUUAAAAAUAAUUUUUAAAUGCAGAAGUAACUAUAAAUAAUAAAAAAAAUAUUUAAAAAACUGUGCUCAUUGCCAGGGGUUCAAUGGUAUAGAUAUUAUUUAUGUAUACUGUUUUCUAAGAACUUGUAUUUUCAUAAAUAAUACGAUUAAAAAAAUUUAUAUAUAUUAUACUACUUUUCCUUAAGUUUUAAAAAAAAAAAUAUUUGAGUCUGUAUGAUGAAUAUGUUUCCCCUUAGCCACGUCUUUUGCCUUCCGUAUAAUGGUGAUCAUUUUUGGGUGUUAAGAUCACAUUACGAAAUUGAUAGAAAUUACUACUGGCGACAUUUUAGUUUACUAUGGUACUUUCAACGCUUUUUAUACUUCUUUUUAUAUUUUAGCGCAAUCAUUUAUAUAUAUAUAUAUAUAUAUAUAUAUAUAUAUAUAUAAUUAAGUAAAUGCCAGGCAUAGAUAAUGUAGUUAUUUAUAUUUUAAAUAAGACGAGAGAACUGUCUCACUAUGUACGGGCAAAGCUAGCAAGACAUGUUUUAGUUUUACCGUAUUUCUAUUGAAUCGAUUGGGAUUGAACUUGACGUUCAGGGUGUGUUUAUAGCAGGACGAAAUACUAAAAGUAACUUUUGAAGCUGCGAAUUUAAAGGUGUAUUUAGGUUUUGGGAUUGUUUGUGGCUUGUUGACCAUUUUAUUGUUCCAGCUAGCCUGGGCAAAUCUUAUAAUAGUAAUCAAUUAUUGACCCACUUCUACCGAACUUACUUUAUUGAGUUUCAAAACACGUGUUAUUUUGUUGAUAGUUAAGCCUGGAACUAAACCUGCAGCUUGGCUCAGUUACUCGUGACGCUAGAUGGUUCAAAUAUUCGGAAGCCCUUAUAACCCCUGUUGUUUGUUUUUUAAUUUGUCUUGUGCAACGAAGCAUGCCCUGUCCCGGGGCGUUGAUUCAUAUAAAAAUUUGCGUCAAUUUGGAAUUGACAUUGGGACCAAUUUAUCCAGCCAUCUACUUUUGAUGUGGUCACGAGGCCUGGAGUUAGCAAGUUCUCUCCCCCCCCCCCCCCCCCGUGAAAGUUACAGCUUGGCACCAGGGGCGUCGCAGUAGUUGUCGGAAUUUUCAUUGAUCCAAUGCCAUACCGACUCCAUCACCGGAUUUUUCUAUUUCGGUUACCUCUUUUAGCCUUAAACCAUAGAUUUGUAGCUGCAAGGCUUUGGGGGUUUUCAAUCGGAGUUUCCUUCUCCAAGAUGGGCUACCAUCAAAGAAUGACAAGUUCCACACAUAGUGCAUUUGUGGUUUUGCUUGUCUGGGUAUCCAUCCAGUACAGCUUUGCUAAAUAAUAUCAUUCUCAAUUUACACUUUUCGUUUUAUGGGCGCUCAGCAAUUUUGCUUUAAGUAACUUCUGACCAUUUGGUGACAGAUGAACUGAAAGCAUCAUUUUAAAUUAGUACAUUUUAAAACAGUAAUUACCAUUCAUGUUAAGCCAGCGCGGAAAUGUGCCGAAACCUGCGACCCCCUGUUCAAAAUGUGUUCUUUGGCUUGUUUGAAGCAAUUUUUAAAAGAGCAUGUUAACACUUCGGUCAUUAGUACCUGUACAGUAAUUCAAUUCAGAACCGAUUUAUCGUUUUGAAACACAUGUACCGUAAUUUGGUAGACAUCACAUCCAGUCGCUGGUACCGGUACCUCUGAUAAAAGUUUGUGAGUCAGAAUAAGGAUGCUUCAGCGUUUUGAAACAAUAGUUAUGUUUUUAAUGUUAUCAACCAGAGUACCCAGAUGUUAAAAUUAUCAAUGUUUAUCUAAGUGUUCAAUUCUAGAAUAAUAUCAUUAUGCUUGCAAAAUGCUUCAAAAAUACAAUAAGGCUUUUUGUGAGUGAUUUAUAGAAAGUUGAAUUUUUCUUGGUUUUCACUUUGUUGUGUCUUUUCCAAGACCAUUUUUAUUUUCAAUAUGCGAGAGCUAAAUUAAAUGGAGUUCGCAGUUUUCGUGAGGUGUAAGAUUAUCAUAUAAAUACCUUAUACACUUCUAUGAACUAAAGAAACAGCUUAAGGCCGCUUGGUGAGUUUUAGUCUUGGUGUCACAUGUGUUUGCUCACGGAUUCAUUAUUAAUAGACGCUGUUCUGCUGCCAGUUGUGUUAAGUGUAUUCUCUAGGUACCACUAUGGACAUAACAGGGAGAAAGGGCGCACGGAUCGCUCCUAUUCUCACACUCACACUCUGUCACACUUUUAUGGACCGUUAGUUUUUUUUUUUCUUCCAUUGACGCACGUCAGCAUUAUUUUUGCAUUCGUGUUUACCAACUGUUUUUGAGCUUCUACAUAAUCUGUCCAAUAGAAAUGCUAUUUUAUUUCUGCUGCACAACAUGGAUGUCGUUGUAUUUCUGUUUAACAAGAAAUAGGGACAGGGAAAAUCAAUCGUCUUUCUAUUAAGACAUAAGGGGUCCGAGAAAAGCCAUCUCUGGGUUUGGCAAAUGGUGUUCUAUUUAUAGCACAUCUUCUCGGGCUAUCACCAUCCCCCAGUUCCUAUAGAGGAAGGCCGAGAUUCUAGAUGGCUCCAGGCAAGACGUCCAAUGGACACUCUUCAUUCGAUCAUCUGCCCUAAUGGGCGGCCUGAUAGGCAAGCAAGGGCUCACAAGAUAAAGACGAAAUGUUGUUUUCAACCCAUUAUGAAGACGAGUAGAGGUUUCUCUUUUUGUCAAGACAGGGGUAUAAUUUGCCAGUUAUUAGUGAUAUGGCAACAACUAGCCGGCAUAAUUAAAACCUUAUCAAAGGAUUGAUGUCAUUUAUCAACUUGAUGUUUUAAUUUACUUUUUUUUUUCAUUUCAUGUUUAUUGUAUUUUAACAUUUCAAUUUUAUGGCCACGGCUUACUAUAAUAUAGGAUAUUCAAUUCCUUCAUAUUACGGAAAAUAGUCCAGAAAGGAGAUCACGCACCCAGCGCCAAAAUCGUCAGUAUUCAUUCAAAUUAUGCGUAUUAAUAACUAUUAAAAUUAUUGCGAAGAGGGCGCCUAAAUUCAGGCAUUGUCCCGGGCGCAGUUUUUGCUUGCCACGACCCCGAGUGCAGGCUAUAUACUUUUUAAUGCAGGUAUAAUAAUAUUUUUUUUAAAAGUGUCCUGUGGAUACGUCUUUUAUUAGAUGUAUGUGAAUAUAUAUAUACCGUAUUAUCUUUGAGAAAUAAUUAUGGUAUCCCUUAUAAUUUAUAGUGGGCUAUUUCUUUGAAUCCCAUGGUUUAUAAUCCAACUUCAUGUAUCCUUGUGUCAGAGAACAAUGGUUUGAAUGUCCCUGCAAAAAAAAAAAAUUCUCUGCCCGUCAAUUAAGGAAGAUCUCGAAACUAGCAGGCCAGAUUGUUUGACAGCGUUUGUUGGUCAAAUAUAUGAAGAUAAAAGACCAGAAAAAGGCCAAGUGGGAGAGUAGCUGUGGUUGGUAUCGUAGCAAGUCGAUGGAAUAGCUGUAUUACUUUGCCGACGCAGCAGACCUCAGAUCUUAUGAAUUGCGCUAUUGAUUGGUCUUUUUCCUCUCUUGUAUGUUACACUCUCCCACCACCGCUAUUCUACUUGAACUUCUACUGACCUUUAAAUAUGUUAACGAGAUGUGUGUCCAUGCGCCGUAUAUAAUACCAAACACGCCCCACGUUUUUAGUUCACUUAUGUGAUGAGACGUGUGAUUGACCUGACACGUAAACCUACGAACUUUACAACAUUCCAUGAUAGUAUCCCUUUUUAAAGGAUAAUAUUAAUACAUUUAUUUAUAAAUUGCUUUAGGGUUAAACACAUUUUUCGAUACGGGGACCGGUAUACAAAAUUAAUAUGCUAUAUAUGUUUCAUGCAAUAAUGUUUGGUGGUUUUAAUUCCCAAUUUUAAUAAAAAUGGUAAUGGGCUCUUAUCCUUGUUUAUUCUUUUCCGUUACGAUAAAUAGCACGUCAUAAAUUUGGCAACAUACGGAUACUCUGUACAAUCUAGUACUGGUAUCAUAUAUUUAAUAGCCUUUUUAAAGAAAAAUUAAUGCCUAAUUCUACUUUUUUCAAACUUUACUUUCGAUACUUUUCCUGGAAAUUUACAUAGAACAUCUCCAUAAAAUUAUGGAGACUAGCCAGUUUUAAUCUAUAUUUAUAUGCCCAUUUAAUUUUAUCUGUAGACCCAGGCUUCAUAAAAGACAAUUUUUAAAAAUAAGUUCAAUCGGAUUCAUUGUGUAAAAGUAAAUUACAAUUUCAAAAAACACCCAUGAGCUCUUGUGGACUUCAAAAGCGAAAUAUAUUAUAGGUUAACGUUGCUUUUAAUGGCGUGGCUGCUGAUUUCAACUUGAUUGUUUUUCUGUUGCCGUUUUUCCUGUUCUUUGUGUGAAUGUCACGUCUCCCGGCUCUUUAAGGCCACGUGCUGAAUAAUUGAUAGGCACAAUUUCACGUAACUAACAAUUAAAUGAAACGUUUUGCACGUUGGGUGUGCUGGCCAGGACGAGAUGAUUUGUAAAAAUCCACCUUGUUUUAAUGUGGUGCUGUUGGCGUAGCUAGAGUUUUGAUUGGAUACAACCCGCCGCAGUCUGGAGUUAUAUUUCAUCAUCACUGCAGAAAGCGACAAUAUAUUCACCAUGACUCGAGUCUUUCCACUCAUUUAGAUAACCAAAUGACCUUCUUUGGCGAGCCAUUUCAGUAUUCCUGUCUGCCGAACUCCAGUAAAUGCCACAAUGCCCAAGGCUCUCGAUUCUGCAAGACUGUGUUUUCUAAAAAUACAUUCGUUAUUUAUUCCGUAUUUGUUUCGCCUCUGGUAACCCCCUGGUCGCUACCCCUUGGGGGGGGGGGGGUUGUCGGGCCUCCGAUUGUAACCGUAAAUUAAAAAUAUAAUGAUUUGAGAGAAAUGCAUAAUCCAUGUCUUACUAGAAUUCGAAUUACUUCACAAUACUGCAUCUAUUUUUCGAUGUAUUUUUCUUUCCUUAUUAAUUUUUUUUUCUAAAAAUACAUUCGUUUUUUUUUCCGUCUUUGUUUCGCCUCUGGUAACCCCCUGGUCGCUAACCCUUGGGGGGGGGGGGGUUGUCGGGCCUCCGAUUGUAACAGUAAAUUAAAAAUAUAAUGAUUUGAGAGAAAUGCAUAAUCCAUGUCUUACUAGAAUUCGAAUUACUUCACAAUACUGCAUCUAUUUGUCGAUGUAUUAUUCCUUCCUUAUUAAUUUUAUUUUUCAAUGUACAUUGGUCGCGGGCGAUGUGUUCUGUAAAAAAUGGGAUCGCGACUCAAAAAAAAAAAGAUUUGGAAUCUGCACCAUAACCCCUUAAAGCACCAUUGAUGCUGAAAAUAGAUUUAAAGCAGCGUUGAUGAGGAAAAUAGAUAACCUGUGUAUCCCCCUUUUUCUCUCUCUUACGUGUGUUUGCCUCGGUUUUAUCGUCUACCUUAUAGAGGCACUAAGUAUAUGUGCACACUUAAGAAAGUACUGUCUUUAAAUUUUAAAGAUACGCCUUCUCUUGAAAAACGUGUGUCCAUUUUUGUUUCUUUAAAAAAAUGAAUUCAUUAUUAUUAGAUAUUAUAAUUGUCGAUUAAAAGUUUUAAACCCAUAUAUUAAAGCUAGGAUGGUAAAAUCAUAAUGAUCAUGGGUAAGGAGCAAGUUUUACAUGGCAUAUUAGAAAACUUUUGUCAGUGUAACAAUAGUAACAAUCGUAUUGCAGUUCCAGCAAACAGCGACAAUGUGAGCAAAAGGUCGUAGAGAACAUUAACGCCUAAAGAGCUAGUCCCAUUAUGAAUUGCUAUAUUGCUUCUAAAUAUGCGUUGACGAGAUAAUGGUUGGGCUUAAAGGUCUUUUAAGGCUAGUUUCCAAAGGUUGAUUAAAAACAGAGAGGGGAAAGGUCCUAGUAUUAGUACACCCGUAGGAUGUCUUUUAAAAAUGUUUAUGUCUAUGUUAUUAAGUAAUUUUAUCGAAAACGAAGUUAAAUCGUUGGCGUAAUACUAGCAAUUAAACGUGUGAAAGUAACUUCUAUUUUACUUUAUUGAAGUGUACUGGCUUAAAAUAGUGUACUGGCUUAAAAUAGUAUACUGGCUUAAACUAUUUUAAGCCAAGUAUGCUACGUUACUUCAUUUUUGCGUAUAUUUAGUGUUAAGGACGAGCGCUUCUUAUUUAACCGCCACAUGUGUACCUUGUAUUUGUAUAUUAGUGGUCCUUAUCUUACACUUAACCAUUGGAAAAUAAAUAAUACAAUCUAUUAGCUUUAAAUGUGGGAUUAUUUCUUUAAACUCGUUAAAGCAAAGGACAAGAAUAAGAUAGUAUGUUGAUGGUUUUUCGGGUCAAGGAUAAAGGAGUGCAAUCCUUUACGUGAGUGAGAGGAUGAUGUACUCAUUAUUUUACGGGAAGAAAAUAUUCCUAGACUCAUUCACAGUAAGAGAAUUUGGGCCAGGGAACCGACGUUAGGAAUUGACUGAUGUGUUGAAAGGAUAUAGGGCUUGGCUUACACAACUGAUCAAUAGCCAGCCACAGGCUAAGGAGAAAGGCAGGAAACUAGGCACUACUCGCUAUUGCAGGGAGUGUGUGAGCGCGAUUUGGAACGCAUCGAGUAGGGGGGUAAGCCGAAUGCGAUGGGGAGGAGGCAUGCUGUAAAUCGAUUUUCUGUGUGUUGCUUGAGAUAUAAUGCUCUACUUCACAGCUGAGGGCAUGGAAUUCUCUGUUUAGGACCAUGCAUGUGUCCAUUCAGUUUCAUACACUAACAUUUACUGGUAAAAUGUAAAGAUAACAUGCUAGGUUUCCCAUGUUAGCUGUUAGCAGUUAUUAGUUAUCUUCGCAAUUCUUAGACUUGAACUAUUUUUUGUUCACCUAAACUUGUUUUUAUUGGAUACUCGUGCUGUUUAUAGAAGGGCCGGUGUGUUUCAUAUCCUGUCUCACCUCACCCCACCCCAACGAUGUUUAAAUUACAUGUCAUGGUGGCUCCCUGGUUUGAAGUCAUCUCUUAUGUCUCAAACAGAAUUCUUAAUAUGCCCAACAGCUGUUAAAUAGUCAGUUUCACUGUUUUUGUUACAUAGAUUGUGUAAUUAUAAUGCCUCCAUUAGCUACCUUUAACAAUUUAUGUCCCUGUAUUAAAUAUUAAAAGAAAUUUUCUUAACCACUCUUUUUCACAGUAGACAGAAUGUACACAUUUCUUGCAUGUUAAUUAUCGUUUGUUAAUUAGGUAUUCGUUACAUUUACAUAGAUACUACUUUCAAGUUUUAAAAAAAACGCUCCUUAGUACAUCCUUAUUGUAAAAUGUUUGUGCUCUAUUUUUAAAGAGAAGAAAAAUUAAAUUUGCUUUGAAGACUAGUUCUCAUUAAUAACAACUUCAUUUCAUGCAGAACUUAAAAUGAGUUUUUCUAAAUGAAGAAAGCUUGAAAGAUAUAUGCACUUGGUAGUUCCGAUGAUUAAGUAAUUUAUGUAUUUUAGCAUUUUAAAAAUUAUCCACCCAGUUAUAUUCUUCUAAACUUAUUCUUGAAAUUGCCUGGUAAUAACUUUUGGUUGUAAAAUUUGACAAAACUGUUGUCUCAUCUACACAACAUAUCCUUGCCAUUAAUAAAUUGGGUUGGUGCAUUAUAUUAUAUGACACUUAUAGUGUUUUUGCAGGUAAAAAUUUAAGCACCAGCCUUUGACAUAUCCAUGGUCAUAUGUGCUCAUUUACUGAUCUCCUCAUUUUACCUAAAAAAUGAUGUGUUUGAUUAUCUUUAUAAACCACCAUAAGAAUUCAAACUCUCAAAUACAAAUUCUUGUUGUGGGGUGGGGGAGGGCGCACUUUAUUUUAUUACUUGAAUUGAUUUUAUUUUAAGCAUACGGUUAUGCCAAAAUCACUUUGUUUUUAUGUUUUAUAAAAUUUUAUUUGAUUUCAUGACAUUCGUUGAAGCCCUCCGUUUUAAAAUUUAGAUUUCUAGCUAUUUAUUUUUAAAAGAAUUAGUUAAGAUCUGUACACAGAAAAUUUAUGUGUUAAUAAAACAGAAUAAGAUGUGCGGAGGGUAACUUUGUGGGAAUUCAUGAUGCAACAUGUCUUAAGGCAUGGGCGCACUGGUCCAGGGCCUCAUGUUUCUAGGAGACUCACUCUUUUAGAGGCUUAAUGAAUACUGAAAGAUUUUGAAAAUUUAAUUUGAUUUAAAAGUUGGUGGACAGCACGUUUCCCGACACAUUCCAAAAUUAAUAUAAACGCGAAUCACUAGCUGGACACUUAAGGGAAAUAACUUUCUUCAACAAGUUUUAUUUCUCCCAGAUAUGAUUGGAAAAAACUAAAGUAAGAAUUUGUGUUUACAAUCACGUUAGACAAACAUUUUGGUCCCGGGUGGUGAUGACCCUAGCUACACCACUACUCAUUAGUGAAAUUAGUAAAGGAGUGUCGUCUUAUGGCAUGGGCACUUGCUCAGGGUCUCACACCUCCAGGGGCCUCACACUUCUAGGGACAUUAUACUGCCAAUACAAUUAGUAAAUAUUGAAAUAGUUUGGGCAAUUUAAUUUGCUUUCAAAAUGAAAGCGGGAAGAUCGUUCUCCCGUUUAUUUAAAUUUGUUUUACUAUUCUCACAUCAAUUCAAUUUUUUGAUGCUAGCUUUAGAAAUAGUUUCUUUUGAUAAAAUCUCAAUUUGAAAAGGGAAAACAACAGAGAGGGGGUGGUUUUUUUUUUAAAACCAAAUUUAGUCAUUUAAAUUAAGAAAGUUAUAGUAGUUGUAAUUCCAAAUAAAUAAACUUUUUAAAGUUGCUGCAUUUGUUUGGACUUUCAUGCUGUCUUAUUUUUCCUUAAAUAAAUCACAUAGAAAUUAAUUUAACACCAUUUAGAUACAAUUUAUUUUUAAAAUGACCUGUUUUAAUUAUUCAUACAAAAUCUGUAGACCUUUUCAACAAAACAAUAUUUUGUGUAAUGUUUUGUAACUGUACAUUUUGGAAUUAAAUCCUAAAUGAUAAUAAUUAUAUGAAUAUAUAUUUAAAGGAUCAACUGUUGUAAAUGGCAUUUAAAAAUGAAAAAAUAUUAUAUUAAUUUAUUGAUGAAUUAGUUUAAACAAAUAAAUAGUUUCAAAUAAAAUUAUGAAACAACAUUACUAUUUAGAUACAACUAAAAAUAAGAAGGAUUUGUGGAACCUGUUCAUCGUCAUAGAAACCUAAAUUUUAACUAGCAUCUUUUCUGUUGCUAGCCGGUUAAGUGUUGUAGAAUGAUGCAAAACUAAAUUAUUGUAUGUGCCCUCGAUCUAAUCCCCCUUCCCUAUCAAAGGGUCAGUACCAACACAUUUUAAUUUUUAAAAUAAGCUCUGAAUGUAAAUAAAUUUUUAAAAAAUUUAACUGAAAAAAUCGUGAUUUUCCUUUUGUUUGGUAUAUGCAAUUGAACUGUAAAGAUUCUAGGGACCAAAUUAAACUGGGGCUAAAAGCAUACUCUCAUGAGGCUCCAAUACCAGAAUGAAUUUAUGUUUAUGUAUGAUGGUGUCGAAGUCAGAGCUGGGCAUCAAAAUUCCUAAAUUCUUUGUUGAUAGAUGCCCUCGACCCCCUCCCCACAAUGCCUGAAAACUACCUCCUCUCCCCUGCUGAAAAAUUUACUGUAAGAAACUGGUUAAAACACAAAGGCCAAACUAGGCCAUAAUGCUUUUCAUAACAUUACUUAAAUAGUAGGCUAUAGACAGAGCCGUUCCCAGGAAAAGCGUCAUCCAGGCAGCACUAGUAAGAUAUUUUGCUGUCCCUGUCUAUGGGAAGUGCAUAUGAUUUUAUCAUUUAAUUCACUAUUAAGGUCCUAUUUUAAGACGAUUUUACCAUCCCCUGAUAUUGACCCUCUUGCCCCCUCCUUCUCACAGAUCUGAGUGUAUUUGGGAUAGGGGCCUCGGUGCAUUAUUGUACCCAGGGCCUCCGCUACUGUAAAGACGGCCCUGUGACACAAUGUACAGGUUAAUGCAAAAUAUCUUUUUCUAAGUUGCCUUUUUUUUUAAAAUGUUAAUUAAUCUCCACAUUUAAAAUAUAUUUUCACCCUGUAUGUUUUAAUUAAUGUUGUUGCUUUUUUUCUUAUAAAAUUGUACAUACAAAUACUUCAGAUCAAAUAAGAAGUAUUUUUAUUUUCUUAUAUUUAAAUUAUUUUAUUUUUAUAUAUAUAUAUAUCUGCUUGGUAGUAGAAUAUGAUUCAGUUUAGCCGCUCUGUCAUGUCGACCCAUUAAAGGUUUAUUUUGUCCAGAGCUCAUCGGUGAUGCUUUCUAAAGUGUGGGCUAGCCAUAAACUUUAAGCUAUGCUAUUAUUUUGUUCCUGUUCUUUUAUUAGUAAGGUAAUAGGGUAAAUAAACAUCAUUUGUAUUGAUUAGCACUGCAGUUCUAUAAAACUUAAUGUUAAGAGUUUACCAUCUAUCCUUUUCAACAACUUUUUUUAAAGUUAUUCUUGUUGCUUCGUCAAACAGUUUUUGAACUGUUUUUGUUUUUUUCUUUUCUUUUUUUUUUUUCUUUCUUUCUUUUUUUUUCACUUAAUUUGUUUAAUCAAAGAAAUUUAUAGCCAAUUUCAAAUAGUGUUUUGUUUUUUUUUUUUUUUUUUUUUUUUUUUUUUUUUUUUUUUUUUAUUAUUAAUUUUUUUUAUUUAAUAAAUUUAUAGCUAAUUUUAAAUAGUUUUUUGUUUUUUUUUUUUUGUUUUUUUUGUAAAUUCCUUAACAUCUACAUAGUAUUGGCCAACCUGGUGUUGACUGCCAGUGUAAUCAUGAUUCAGAAGUCUCUAUCACACAGAUAUUAUUUCUAGUCAAUGAAGUAAGUAAAAAGUCCACUUAAAACAUAAUACUAGCCAUAAUUUUGUGCAUGAUUCUUAUUUCUUUGUAAAAAUGAUAAAAUAAAUUAUUACAGUGGUUGAAACUUAUUUUAUGGGCAAACUUUUGUACACAAAUUUGUACCUUUCCUUUAUUUUGUUAUAAUAUUUAAUAAUAAAUGAGAAAUUAUUUUUUUUAUUAAACCACUAGGGUGGCCUUGUAACAGUUACCAGUGAUGACCAUCUGCAUUUGUGGAACUUUAGACAAAAACGCCCCAGUAUUGUACAUUCUCUUAAAUUUCAGCGUGAAAAGUAAGUGCCUUUGAUUUUAAAAUCUUUGGUAAGGAAAAUGUUAUAUGUUUAUCUUUGAAAAAAAUGUUACAUGGUUUUAAAUAUUUUACUCAGAGUGAUAUUUCUUUGUGGGUUGUGUUAUUUCUUCAGAUUUUAACAAUUUUAUUAUCUCUUUUUUUUAUAUAUAUAUAUAUAAUUCAUACUUUGGGAGAUUGAAUUGUUUUUACAAUGUUGCUUAUUUUUUAUUUAAGGUGGAUUAUAUUGAAGACAUUUUUCUAGAAGUACUUUCUUAAAAACUCUAAAAUCAUUGCCAUUUAUGAGGUCAGAAAUUUAGGGGGAGGGGGAUAUAGUUGUAAAUAUUCUACAUAUUCAAAGAUUCUGUAAAUACUCAUUCGUUUGCAGAGUUAACUUUAUUUUGGAAAUAUACAUUUCUUUCACUGAACAUAAAUUUUGACAAAAAAUUUCCUGUCAUUCACCACAACUUAAUGUUUGUAAAGCAAAAGUAGAAAAUAUAUUACCUUAAAAUGUUUGGUUCAAGUAAUAUUUGAUUAAUUCUCAGUGUUGUCUUUUUAUUUUUUUGUGUGCAAUUUUUAAAAUAGGUAAUGGACUAUGGAUGAGCAUUUUUCUUUUGUUUCUACUUUGCUUGUACCCAAAAGCUUCAACUCUUUGCACCAAGACAAAUUAAAAUAGAAACUAAAUACAUCAGUAUUUGAGUGUUUGUAAAUUUAAAAACCAUAAAGGUAGAUGUUAUUUGCAUUCCAUUUAGCAUAUAUCUGGUAUCAUAUGAUGUUGGAAACUUUAAAUAGUUUAAAUCCUUAUGAUCAUAAUAGGUAUGAUCACAAAGCAACAUCAUAUGUUGUAAUUUGGGAAAUUUAACACUAAAAACUAAAAUAUAUGAUAAAUAUUUUUUUUUUAAAAUGUUUUAUCUUUAUUAGAGUUUCCAAAUGUCAUCUCCCAUUUCAAAGCAAGUGGCUUUAUGUUGGCACAGAGCGGGGUAAUGUUCAUGUUGUAAACAUCGAGUCUUUCACCUGCUCUGGGUACAUCAUAAACUGGAACAAGGCCAUAGAAUUGUAAGUACUCUUAAAUUUUGAAAUAAGAAAAGAUUUUGGUUUGUCUUUUUUCCAUUUCUUUUAAAGAAAAGAAAAAUAUAUCCUUAAUGUAUUCUAUCAUUUUUGAAAUGCUACUUAAGGUUCUGGUAACAUGUUUUUAUAACCUUGAGGUAGAUUAUAAGUUUUACUGGAGUUGCAAAAGAAAAAAAGAAAUAUUUCCAUAUUUACUGUUUCACAACUUAUUUCAGUUACAAAUUUCAGUUAUGAAGUUUCACAUUAUUAUUUUUAAUAUUGCUUGUCUUUAUUUCACCAUUGUGCAUUAGCGUGAAAGCACCAUGUAAAAUGUAUUAUUCUAUUUAAUCCUUGGAUAUCAAUUAAUAUAAAUUACAUUAAAAAAAUUUUUUUAAUUUUCUAAAUUAGCCCUCACAUUUUAUAUUGGGGGCAGAGUUAUUUUAAUUUGGUUGCAUGUGUGCUGGUGUUUUUGGGAGGGUAGAGGGUAUAACUUAUCUUGUCAGAGGCGUAGCGAGGGGGUGGCAGGGGGGGACAGAUGUCCCCGGGCGCAAGCUAGUUAGGGGCGCCAAAAUGCGCUUUGAUAUUAUAUUAUUGGUAAAAAUAAUGGGUUUGAGAGUUGAAAAAAGGGGUGCUUUAAAAUGGAUCUUGUCCCCGGGCGCAAAUCUUAUCCCCGGGCGCCAAACACCCUCGCUACGCCUCUGUAUCUUGUUUUCCUUAACAUGUCAUUAACUUUUCUGAAGGGAGUGCUGUAAAUGGCUCUAAUGUUUCAGACAUUCCUCUAUAAAAGAUUUCUUUUAAAAUUAUCUUCAAAGAGGGUAUAAAGGUUAAUAAUUGUUUCCCCAGAUCCAGAAAAACUCAUCCUGGUCCUGUGGUACAUUUGAGUGACAAUCCAGUUGACUCAAACAAAGUUAGUUUUGUGCAUUCUACAUUGUUUUAAAAUUAUAAUCAUAAAAUCUGGUUUCUUUCAAAUUUAAAACAACUUUUUGUGAAGCCAUUUUAGAUUUUAUGGUCUAUAAAAUUUAAGGAGCAGUGAUUUUUCUUAAAUUGUUUUUGUUUUACAUAUAUAUGUAUAACUGCUGUAUACAAACAUAAUUGAUAAAAUUAGAGAGUUACUUUGACCAUUUUUUUCAAAAUUUAAUCAAUUUGUUAUGAUUUUAUUUUUACGAAGAUCAACAUUCUUAGUAUUACCCGGUAAUUAAAUAUAUAUAUUACUACAUUAAAAGUAAAAUGAUAUGAAAAAAUUGAUAUUAAACACCCUGCUUUACUUUAAAAAUUUACAAAAUUUAGGAAGAAAAUAAAAUGUACACAUAUCCCAUGUUGGAGACCACAAAAAUACUAUUCAAGCUGUUUUUUAAUAAUUAGAAUCCAAUCCAGUAAUUAUAUUUGCCACAAAUAAUUGGAUCUACAAACAUAGGGAAUGUACAAUAUAUCUUGGUUCAAUUAAUUUUACGUAUUUUUUAUUGGUCCAAAUAAGAGUUAAAUAUGAUACCAAUGACAUGCGCAAUCAAGUUGUUUAUGUAGGUGAUUCAGAUGUCGGUUCUGUUUAUAUUAUUACAAUUCGGCAAGCAAAAGCAUCAAUAUAUGUUAAAAUAUACAUCUACACCCUCAUUCACCUCUGUGCUGUAAGGGACUGCUGAGCGAAAAGGGGUAGUCGGAUACCUACACAUGUUUCAGCAUGGCCGUGAUGGAGACAGCAACAGACCUUGUCACCUAGAUGUGCUUGAGAAGGAUCAUACACAAAAUUUGACUAGAUUGGGAGCUUAUCAAUUACUAGAAUACUGAGCUUAAAAAAAUUCUUAACACAAGCUAGCUUUAUUUAAGUAGAAAAGCAAACAUCUUUUAAAAAUUAUGUUUUGACGAGAACGCCCAAGAGAAGUUACAUAAGUUGAAACCCAUUUUUAUUGUGCAUAUGACAGUUAAAUAAAUUACUAAAUAAACAUUUCCAUGUUACUGAACAAAAAAAAAAUCUGUAAAAGAACUUCAUUAUAAACUUUAAAUUCACUUUAAAAAAUUUAAAAAAUGAUUUUUCUCAAAAUUGUUUCUUUCUGUUGUUUUGUAAGAGUUCUAAAAUUUGAGCUAAUAUAAAACCUAGAGUCUAAAAAUUUGGUAACUUCAUCUAUUUUGUGGGUAAUUAAAUUUUAUUUUACUUUUUUAAGUAAUAUGUAACUUUGCUUUUUUUAAAUUUUAGAACAUGUUUUCAAUAUGGCCAUCAUUGUCAUGGCUCAUAUAUAAUUUUUGAAUCUUGUAAAACAUGAUAAUGUAUAGAUUAGCCAUUCAUAGCUAAACAUGACCACAAUAAAAUAGUUGUUCUUUAGGUUAAUUUUUUUUUUUUUUUAAAUUUGUUGGUAGCCUACCCCCUUAGUAACUACCCUUCAAAAUUAUUUUACUUUAAACAAUUUUUUUUUUAAUGUACAGUACAUUACCCAAAUAAAAAUUGACAUAAUUCAGCACGACCUUAUUUGCUUACAUUUUUUGCUUCUAAAGCUCUUAAUAGGAUUUGAAUCCGGUGCCAUUGUCUUCUGGGAUUUGAGAACUAAAUCUGCUGAAUACAGAUACAACUCACAGGAGGUGAGUUAAUUAAUAAAAUGGAAGCUUUAUUUUUUUAAAAGUUCCUUUAUUGUGAUGCCAUUGUCAGCAGCUGUGCAAAAUGGGGAGGCGGGGGGUGGAUUGGUAAACGUCUUUAUUCGUACAAAGCACAAAUUUAAUUUUUAUUAUUUAUAUAAUUAUAAAUAAAGACCUUUGAAGACAGGAUCGAAGCCAAAUUCCCUGAAUGCAGUAUAUGCGUGAUAUGAUCCUGCCUGGGUAUUAUCUACUGUAAUUGAAUGAAAUAAGUAAUUGUUAAAGUUUUAAAAAUUAACAUUAAAAAUAAUUGUAUAAUAUUAUUAAAUUUGAUCUUAUUCAUAUAUAACUGGGUGUGACCCUUAAGGAUCCUCGUUUAAAAAAAAAAAUCAUUUCCCAAUUUGACUAUUCUUGUCCCGCCCAAUAUGUUGAGUGUAAAGGGUCCUUUGACCAUAUUGUCUUUUUAUUUUUUUCUCUUAAAGGGUCUCUAAAUAUGUUACUAACUAAACACUUUUAAGUGAGAUGCUGAAUUUGUAAACUCUCAUGAAAAAAAUAUUUCAUAUUUCUGAAAUUUACUUCAUUUUCAGGCUUUGAGGUCUAUAUCCUGGCACAAUGAAGGCAAACAAUUCAUGUGUAGUCACACAGAUGGUAGUUUGUCAACUUGGAAUGUCAAAACUCCUCAAAGACCUGUUUCAAUUACCUCACCUCAUGGUAAACAUCCCUUAUCUGUCAACAUAACACAAUUUGCUGUUUACUACCAUUUCUAGAUUUAUGCAAAAUUUACAUAAUUUUCAAAUAGUUAACAAAAAAUAUCUUUAAAUAUUAUCUUAUUGUUCAACAUCAUUACUGAAGUUGUAUCAACUAGGUUUACAUUUAUAAAUCAUAAACGCUAGCAGUUUCCUAAAGUUGAAAACUUGUACCUACAGUAGAAAAAAUCUUAACAUAAGCUACAAUGUAACUAUUGAAAGUAUAAGUUGUAAUUUCUAGUUUUAUUUUUGUUCAAAAUAUUUUUGUUAAAAAGAGGAUUUUUUUAAAUAUUACCUUUCCUUUUAUGGCAAAUAAUUAAUGGUACUCCUUAUAUGUCAAAAUUGCUGCCUCUCUAAACAAAAGUUCUUAAUUUAAUCUUAUAAAUUGAACUCAAAUCUGGAACCUAUGGCAGCUUUCAAAUGUUUUGUUCUAACUAUUUAGCUAAAUUCUAAAGCAAUAUAGCCUUGCCCUGUUGUAAUCUGUGACAAUAGUUUGAGUGCGAUCAGCUUGAUUUAAUAAAUGCAAAAACUAAUCUGAGUAAAUAAUUAACUAACUCUACUUUUCUUCUCUAGCCAAAAUAGGACCAGAUGGAAAACCAGAACUUUGUAAGCCUAUUAACAAAGUUGAAUGGAGAUCUACAAAAACAGGGUAAUUCUUUAAAUUUAAUUUAAUUAAGUUUUUUCAGGGUGCAUUAAGCAUUAUAUACAAGAUAACUUGAAGCAAUAACUAUUUUAAAACAUUCAAAAAAAAUUAUCAAACAAAAAUUGGUGGGGUGGGGGGCUUGCAAUCAGGUUAGGUAGAAGGAAAAAAGUAUGGGGAAACCUGAAAAAAAAGAUACAACAAAGGUGUCUACAAGAAGCCUUCUUCCGCAAACGGAUAACAGUCAAAACUAUCAAAAUAAACUUUUUGUCUCUCUUCUGUCCCCUUUUGCCUUUAGGGCACUGCAACCAUCUGAAGAAGCAGAUUUUUGCCCUUCUUUAUCUUAGAAACACUAUCUCAACAAGCACAAACAGACGUCGCGAUAGACGCCAUUAGCCUUUUUUUUAAUAGAAAGUAGUGCCAGUCACUUUGUUUUUCUCUUAAUUGUUAGAAAACUGAAUACGACUUGCCAGUCAUGUGUGUAUUAAAUAAAAGCUUUUGUUUAGGGGAUUAUAAUUGUGUAUGGAAAUGACAUUUAACAAUAUUGCAUAAAAGAUUACAACUCGAGUUUGAAAACCAAUUUAAAGAAUUAACAAGAUUUAACUGUACGGAUAAAGUGCAUAGAAACGACUCGAAAUUGACAACUGAAUGUUAACGAUAAAUGUAAUUACUUCAUAAAUUAUAUUUUGCCAGAAUCAAAGCAAUAAAGAAACUUAAUCUACAAUUAGAUGGUUGAUUCUGGCAUUUUAGUUGGAUUGCAACAAUAUCAAUAUGCCUUUAAAUUCUAGUUUGCUACCUUUACCGGUACUCAAACUCAAAAUUUGAAAUGCAUCUAACAUGCACAAAAGCAUACCAUUGGAAAGAGUUGACAUUUAGCUUUCUAAUGACUCAAAGAUUACCUUUCUAUCACUUAUAGAAGAAAAGUUAUUAUUUUUUAAAAUCUGACUCAUUUAAGCCAUAAUUUUUCUUUAAAAUUAAGUUUUUAACUUUCCUGUUUUCAAAGGUAUAGCAACAAAAUUACGAGGGGGGCCCUAACAAAACAAUUUUUAACAAAAUAAAACAUGAAUAGGAAAUUGAUUUUUAUGUUUCCUUCAAUUAAUAUUGCCUCAAGCCUUCACAAAGUAGCACUUGUAAUCAUUGAAAUAUCCUCAUCAGCACCAGGCACAGAAACAUUGCAAAUCCCCUCUACAUGCAUAGGAGCCAAAAUGAUCAAUAAAUUGAUCGUGGGCCCUUAAUAUAAAGAAUAAGAAGAUAAGAUAAAGAUAGGGUGUGGUUAGUAUUGACACAUGCCAAAACUGAUUCUUUAUAAAAUAAAAUAGCGUAACUAUUCAAUUAAUGAAGCUAUUGCAAUACAAUUUUCCACAGUUACAGUUUCCAGAUGAAAUUAAACACAUUUAUUAAUUAUUAUUUCCAAUUAAAAUAAUUAACCUCAUUUAUUUUUUUUUUAUAUUAAUUGACAAAAAGUUACUGUGUUUGACAUAUUGGUACAUUUAAAUACUUCAUUUUAAAACUAAUAAAGCUUUAGUAAUAAAAUUUUCCACAGUAACUGAUAGGUUUGUAGUUAUACCGAAAGUAAACACAUUAUAUUUAUUAUUAUUUUGCAUUAACCUUCACAUUUUAAAUUAAAAGCAAAUUUGAUGCAAAGCUUCUGCUGACGACACAUUGGUAUAUUUAAAUGCUUCACUUUAAAACUAAUAAAGCUAUUGUUAUUGCAUUGUACACACUAACAGAUAAUGUCCCACUGAAAGUAAAGACAUUUUAUUAAUUAUAUUUUCCCAUUAAAAUUAUCAGUUAUAGAAAACAGCUCAGGGUGAUAGAUGCUAAUGAGCGGGUUAGAUAUCUAGGGGUAAAGUUUCUUGUCAGGAGAAUGUUGUCUUUAAUGAGGUAGCAAUCGAAUUACCAUGGGAAGUGUAUUUAGUAGAAUUUAUAGUCACCUGACGAGAAAUAUAAAUAUAAGGGAUAAUUUUUUUUGAGAUAAAGACAGUAGAGCUAGAGAUUCAUGGACUGUCAUUCUGAAGUGAUGGACACAGUGAUACUAGUCAUAGUAAAAGAUAAACCUAGAGAGAGACAGAUUUAUGAGUCCUAGUAAAGUAAAUAUAGAUAACAAGGACAGAUCUACACAUAAGCAACAGCAAAUGUUAAGUGCCAUGUGGGCUGAGAAGAGAAGCUGGCUAAAUUACAAAAGAAAUCAUUUGAUGAUGAUGAGUUUAAGAGAUGUUGUAACCUAACAACUGUGUUCACACCAACGGCAUUGACCAGAGAGGUCCAACAAGUUUUAGAACAAACUAAAAGUAGUGACCUGACCAUUCUACUCUUGCAGGAGUUUGAAGCUGCUGCCAGUGGUUCUCAGGGCUAAAAUUCUUUACUAUCAGCAUAACUCAUAUUUGACACUGAAAUAUCAACGCAUAAUAAUUUUGGCUGUUAUAUGGCAAUAAAUGAUUUUGAUUUGGGUCAAUGUAUUCAGUCAACAUCUAUAAUGUCAGAUGAUUUAAAAUAUCAACUCACAAACCCAUACUGACUAAUAGCUAGUUAAAAUUUCAUUGAGGAUAGACCUGGCAAAAAAAAAAUGUUUUUGGUAUGCCUGGCUUGAUCAGUUUUCUCCGUGGCUUGCAUAUUCUAGUCAUUUUAAAGGUCCAGUAUUUAAAAUUUGUAUUGUUUUCCCGCAACCCAUUUAUCGUUGGUACCAAGGUGCAUUUAUAGCAACACCUUUCACUAGGUACAAGGACUUUCCUCAAGAUGCUCGUAAUCAUGUGGAAAGCUAGGGGCACAAAGGUGCUGAGCAGGAUACAAUAGAAUUCUUGAGUAUCAUUUGGAAUCCAGACUGACUUAGCUUAAGUUAGAAAGACAAGUAUAUUUAGAAUAAAAUUUUAGAAUAUCGAAAUAAGCUUUUUCCGAUUAGUAUCCAUAAUAUUUUUCUGCGGAACACACGACAUCAUGGCAAAAAUAGUGAUAGUGUAAAUGUUCAUGAUCUGUUUCUGUUAAGAGUGGAGGUUGGCGACAAAGACCUGGAGACAUAUUUGCAGACUUCUGUUAGUAAUGCUCGUUAUACUUCUCACAGAAUCCAAAUUAACAGAUAGAGAUAUGUGAGGAAGUAAUAACUAAACUAAUUAUUACAUCAGUAAACAGUUCUAAAGUAUUUUCAAUAUUAGCCAAUGACAUUGCUGAUAUAUCAGGACCAGAAAAAUUGUCGUUGGCGCUACAUUUUGUAGACAACAGAGAUAGUGCAUUUAAAAUUUGUGAAGAAUUAAUCGGAUUCCAGUCACUGAAGCAAAUGCAAUUGCAGAUGCUAUUUAUGAAUCACUGCAAUCAAUGUGGUCUGGACAUGUCAAAAUUACUUGGGCAAGGAUAUGACGGCUAUCCCACAAUGACAGGAAAGGUAGGCAUUGUUCAGACUAAAAAGAUUUUUUGAUAUCAUUACUAAUUUGUACUUAAAUGGCAACUUUUAGCUUCAAGCAAUGAACUAGUUUCAUUUUUGGAGCAUGCAGCAACAAUCAAAAGAUAUUAAAAAAUGCCUUGCAGCUUAUUGACUUGGUGUCAAACACAGACUUUUUCCCAUCUAUUCGCCAAGCUAUUCUUAUUGCACUUAAUUUACCAACAACUACAUGCAUGGUGGAGCGUUCCUUUAGUACCCCCAGAAGAGACAAAACUUUGCAUCAUUUGACAAGGACUGACUAAUGUCUUUCAGGGUUGCGUUUCCUUAGUGUUCAUCGUUAAAGUGUGAACAGAAAUAAAGCAGAGUUUAUGCAGAAAGUAAAUGAAAUAUUUGAGGAGGAAAUAAGCAGACUUCAAUUCUUUUUCAAAAAUUGAAAUUAAAAAAUAUCUUGAAAUGUUUUAAUCUGUUAGUUGUAGUAAAUGUUAAAAGCUUACUAAUUUAUGUUAAAUGAUUAUUUUUUUCAAAAUUACUGCAUUAUGUUUGUAAAAAGAAACAACUUUAAUUUAAAAAGUACUAUUAAUAAUGGGGCUAUGCUCUUUAGCUUUCAAUUAUGUGUUUAUAUUGUGAAAAAGAAUGUUCGAAGUUUGUUGAUCCCCACCAGCAGAAAGCCCAUGGCAGUGCCCUCUUUUAACGCUCACACCUACCUACUUAUGUUCCAUCACAUUCCUCUUACUGUCCUCUUGGAUACUACAUUAUAGCUGUUUAUUUUUUAUUUUCUACUGCUUUUCUUUUACUGUUGUUUGUUCGCUGAAGAAGGCUUCUUCACGUCUCAUUGUUUUGUUGCAUCAUUUUUCAGGUUGUCCCAUACUUUGUUUCACUUUUUUUACGUAUCAUAUGCAUUUUUUAUUUUACAUUUAUUAUAUUCAUAAUUAGUAUAAUAAAAAAUACUCAUUCUCAUUAUGUUAAUUUGAUCAAUUUGAAAACGAGUGAAAAGACUAAAUUUUAAAUGUUACAAAAUAAAGUAAAGAUAAUUUAUACCAAUUAUCCAAUAAUUCAGUAUAAGCUGUAAUUGUUACAUGUUUCACUGUUUCUAAACUAUGAUUUGCAAACAAUCCUUAUAUUUAGUUAUAUUUUUUUAUGAGCUAAACUUUAAAUGAUAUCAAUAUAUUUUUCUACAUUUUAAGGUUGUUUGUGUAAAUAAAUUUUUUCUCCAGUUUAGUUUUGAAACUUAUCUGUAAAUAAUUUUCAGGGAAUCAAUAGUUAUGUUUUCCGGUGGAAUGUCUUAUGACAGAGCUGGAAGAACUCCAACAAUUACAGUCAUGGCAGGAAAAAGCACUACAGUUUUAGAAAUGGAGCAUAAUGUAGUGGAUUUUGUGAGCCUUUGCAAUACCCCCUGGGCAAAUGGUAGGAGUGUUUAAUUUUUGUUUCAUCACAUUUAAGUGGAAUUUAAUUAUAAACUAUUUUAUUGUCUAAAUUCUUCACUGUUCAUAGCUAUUCAAUAAUCCAAGUUGUAAUUUCUUCAAAUAAUUAAGAUUUAUGUACUCUUCUUAAAAAAUUACAAAACUGAGGUUGUGGCUCAUCAAUUUCAGAUUUUCAAGACCCCUAUGCCAUUGUUGUACUGCUGCUAAAUGACUUAGUUGUUAUUGACCUGACUACACCGGGGUAAGUAGCAUUCAAUUCCAACACAAGCCAGUUAAAUAAAGCAUUUUUACUAAACAUUUUGAAAAUUCUUGAUGAUUUGUUAUUGACCUGCCUCCACUGGGGUAAGUAUGAUCCAACUUUAUUACCAACCAGAUGAAUAAAGAAUUUUUACCAUGUGAAUGCCUCUUUUUUAAAAAAUGGGGUUCUUUCCAUAUCUUGAUUGAUCCUUCCACAGUUCAUCAAAAAGUUAUUCAUAUUCCUGUUAAUCUAUUGUAUUGUGAAUUGAAGACAUCCUUUUCAUUUCUUUCAAAUUCAGUUAUCCAUGCUUUGAGAAUCCAUAUCCAAUGGAUCUUCAUGAAUCCCCUGUAACUGCCUGCCAGUAUUAUGCUAAUUGUCCGAUGGACAUUAUACCUGCUCUGUACUCUACGGGCAAGAAUCAGAAAAAGUCUGGUUUUAGUGAAAAGGUGAUUAUUCCUACAUAGGGUUAUACCACUGAAAGUGUCUUCGUCAUUAAAUUUUAACAUUUGUAAUGGCUAUUUAAUUACUUUUACAUGCAAUUAUUUUUCAUUUUAUCAGGAUGUAGGAUUUUGUGUUGUUAAAGCUGUUGGAAUGUCUAUAAUAUUGAACACAUUUUUUCUCUGUAAUUAUUCAAAAGCCUUGGCCUAUUAAUGGUGGGUCAUGGGGUGCAAGUGGAACAAGUUACCCUGAGAUUAUCAUAACUGGGUAAGUUAACGGUAUGCUUGUUAAAUUCAAGUAUAUAUUUUUUCACUUAAUGAAAUAAUAAGAACAUGGUAUGUGAAAGCCUACAUAAUGAAAAAAGAAAAUGAAAAGUUAUGUUUUGGUUAAAAGCAUUAAUCUGGGAACACAGCAAUUAAAAUAAUAAAAUCAGAACUUAGUUUAAAAUAGAUAGGUUUGACAAGAACUUUUUUUAUUUUUGAGUUUACUGUCACAUUCCAUGCUCUAUUUCAUUCAUAGGAAUUAAAUACAAAAUCUACUAUAUUUAUUUUUAGUUAGCACUUUUCUCUUGAUAUGUAUAAAAAAAUCUUUAUCGGAUGAAAGAUAAAAAAAAUUUAAAUUUCAUUAAACUAUAUUUUUUAUUCUUUUAAUGAACCAAUAAUAAAUUAAUUUGUGAAAGGCAAAGUUCAAAUAUGAGAAUUACUAUUUAUUGCAUAUUUUAGAGUGGUCUUUGUUUUAUCUAAUUCUUUUGCUAAUUUUUUUUUUUACAGUCAUGCCGAUGGGUCUUUAAAAUUCUGGGAUGCUUCUUCUGGUAAAUAGCAUUUGUUUCUAAUCAUAUUAUAAAUAAAAAUCUUGACUAGAGUUUAAUUCAAUGAAUUUUUAAUGCUCAUGUUUAAGUUUAAUUUUUCAAAUUUCUGAAAGCAGUUCCAUUGAUUCGUAUUCAUUUAUUGCUAUCAACAGUAACUUUACAGUUUCUAUAUAAAUUGAAAACUGCCAAAGUGUUUGAGAAGCCUAAAAGACCAUCAGAAGAUAAAGAUGAUGAUCCAUUUGCUAUUCAAAAUAUCUUCCUGUGCCUAGAGAGCCGCAUUAUGUGUGUGGCUGGGCCAACACACUGUAUCCUAUUCAAAUUUUCCAAGCAAGAAACUUCAAUAGAGACAGUUGUAAGUACCUCAUGUAAUUAUAUUUAUGUAUAAUUUAUACCACUUAUUUGGGAUUUUAAACACAGACCUGCCAACCCUUCCGAUUUUGUAGGAAUUAAACUAAUUUUUUUUUACCCCACAUUCCAACCUUCCGACAAACCCCUUAGAAUUCCGAUUUUUUUAACUUUUUAAUUUUUCACCUGUCAUAAAAAUCCGAAAGCAACCAAAAAAAAAAAGAUCAGGUACGACAGGAAGUGCUGCAAUUUGUUUUUAUGUGUCCAACGACCGGGCAAAUAAGUGAAUACAUUCUCGAGAUAUUCGUCCGGCUAUUAUAUAUUUGACCAAGUCACAUGACCACCAUAACAAAGUUGCGUGAGAUAUUUGUCCGUCAGCCUUGUCAUGUGACCGCUAAUUGUCAGAGUUUAUGGUACUUCAUUUCAUCAAAUUCAAGAUAGUCUGGGCAUUUCAAGAAAAAGAAAUAUGUUCAAUUAUACAAAAGAAAUAAUAGAAUCAUUGCUGGUAUAAUAUAUAAUGAACAAUUGGUUAAAAAGUGACAAUAUUUUUUAUAAAGCAUGGCAUGCUUGCCUGAUGAAUAUCUCCCACAAUAUUUGUCCGGUCGCCUGACGUGUAGACACUGCCUUUUUUUUUAUCCAAGCGAACCGUGAUCUUCAAAUCAUUUUUCAAUCAAUUGAUCCUAUCUUGAUUAAUCCUUUUUACAAGGCUAAAAAAUAACAGCGGCUAUUCGCACCUGGGUAUCAGAAUUGAGAGGUUGGGAUUAAAAAACUAAAAUAUUAUUGUUGGGUUUGUAAGACAAAAUAAGUAUGAAAUGAAAGAUAAUUGAAUGGACUAUAUGUUUGUAAACUUACUUCUUCAGUUUAUCUAAAAUAAACUACCACAAAUGACAUCCGAAUGGGAUUUAGUCUGAAGGGACCCGGGUCUGAAUAGCAGCUAUUCAUAUCCGCAUAAUUAUUUCUUAUGGUUGAACCCUGGCGAGUGAAGAAACGGUGAAAACUGGAGAAUGCAUUCUCAAUUUUUCCGCGCAGCAAUAUUAGAUUUCAACAUUUUGUUAUAGGACAUUUUUUUUAGAACACACAAAACAGCUGUACGAUUUUUAAUGCUCCUCCUUCUUUUCACCCAUUUACAGCUUGUGGUAGUAAUCAGACUGUAAUAUGUUUACAGGAAAUAGGCAUGAUUGAUAUUGAUUUUUCUUUUCUUUUUUUUUUAAACAGCUUUUCCUAAGAAAUAAAUGUCAAUUUACUUGGUAGGUUUUUUUUAAAAAUGAUGCCCUAAUUUGUUUAUUAUUUUAAUAAAUCUUAUUUUAUCCUGCUCUGACGUAGAGUUUGAACCACCUUAAAUUUCACCAGUAACUUUAUUUUUACCAGUGUGAUAAUGUGAUCUGCAGGUUCAUCCAAAUAUUAAUUGAUUUCUAUAGCAAAUACACAUCACAAAACAAAGUGUUAACUUUUUAGACACCAUCUUAACUUGAUUCCACUGAACAUGCGAUGCGAGCAGUUAUUGUAUACAUUAUAAAUACUGUUGUUUUAUUUUUUUACUGUUAUGAUACUGUUUUGUAUGAUUUUGAGAUGAUAUUGUAAGAUUUUAGGAAUUUGAAAGUAAAUAAGUCUGCAUAAGUAUUUUUCUUAGUACACAUUUUGGAUUACGUUUAAACAAAUCAAGCCAGAGAGCUAUAAAAUCAUAUAGCCGAAGCAAGAUAUCAAGACAAUAAUUUUGUUUUUCUUAUUAAAUUGGUAAUUUGAUUGCAGGCCUUGGAGUUCUCUAUAGUAUAUGAGAUUUUUGAUGAGCUUGAUUCCCCUGAGUUUGAUUUUUCAAAGCCCAGCCUUAGUGUCAUGGGACAACACAGCAGCAGCAUGGGUUCUUAUUCUUCCACAACAUCAGACAAUGCAAAGGUAGGUGUUUAAUAAAAUGUUAACCCCUUAAGUCCCUAAAAGCAGAUGCAUAUGAAAUGUGUCAUUCACAAACACAAAGAAUACUUAAAAGUUACAUAUCAUAUUUUUUGCCUCCCCCAUCUCACUUCUGUUUCAAAUUAUAUGGGAAUUGCUUAUCAGGAUCAAGUUAUGCAUUAGAAUUAUCUCAGUUUUGCUCUUACACCUUUUCCCACCUGUGAAUAAAAUACUGUUUAAAGCCAUUGGACUAUUGACUUUCUGUUUACAAGCAUAGAGGCUGACAAGCCAUAAACACCUCACUGGACCAUAUCUCAUAAAUCUUUGUUAUUAAUUAUUGUAAUGAAUUUUAAAAUUUAUUUGUAUCUGCUGAUUCAUUUUAUUCUGAUUAUGGGUCAGGUUUUUGUGUGGGUUUUUUUUUGCCCCAGAAUCAUUUAUAAAGACCAAUGUAAUUGUAAGAUGUAUUAUUUUUUUUAAUGAAGCUAGUUUAAAUUAUUAUGAAAUUCCUUCCUUUCUGGAUGAUAAACCACUGCCCUUAAGUAAUUUAAAAGGAAAAAGCAGGGAGCCUAGAAAGAGUAACAUAAUAUUUAUUUUUUUUUAAAUUGAGGAUCAAAAAUAAAAAAAUAAAUAACUUCAAAAAUGUGGUGACAUUUUUAUUUUUUUUUAAUUUGAUACUGAAAAUACUGAGCUACCUAGUUGGGUCUGUGAAUAGUAAAAUCCUUUGAAGUAUACAAGGCACAGGCCAUCUUUUAACAGUAAUAAUGUCUCUCCAUGAAUUUUUAUUCCUAUUUAAAUUAAUCUAUCAGAGUUUUGUAGCUCUUUUCAUCAAUUUUUUGUUGUUGUACAUAAUACUUUUUUAAUUCAAUUUUUAUUGCUUAAAUUUGCUCUUGACCUAAGUUGAACUGAUAGGAUAUAACGUUUGAUUCAUGCUCUUAAAUAAUAAAAAGCAUUUCAAUAUGAUAACCUUUCAAAAUAAAUUAUUUAAAAUUCUAAAAUAUGACAGUAUUAUCUCAAAUGACAUCUGGUAUUAAUAACAAAAGCUGAAAAUUGUAAUAUUUGUUUUAAAAAUACUGGAGUAAUUAAGAUCUUAAAAAAUAAAAAUUAAUUUGGAUUUAUGAAGGUGUUACCCAUUAAUGAUGUUCUUAAAGCAUUCCUUUUCAUUAUUUUAUUUCAAAUGCAUUACGUUUGUGUUGCAAUCAUUUUUUGAAAUAAGUUCUGUUGUUUUUUUUGCCUUGCCUCAGUUAUUAGCAUUGAUUUUUUUAACUCUGACAGUUAAAUAGAAAGUAACAGCUCAUUUCAAAUAUUCUGACCACCCAUGAAGUUUUUCUAUAUUUCACAUUAAUUUUAAAUAUAAUUAACAGACAGAAGCUAUUACCUCUGUGAAAGCCAAAAGUGGAAGUCGUCGUUGGGGUCCAGGGUUUCUACCUGACCUUGUUUGUAUUUUAUGUUGGGUUGAUGGAGAACCUGCUGGAAACAUCACUGUAAUGUCUGUAAACUCCUCUUAUGGACUGUAAGUUUCCUUUCUUCUCUUCUAAAAUUUGUUUAUCAGCAUGAUCAGCUUUUAAGGCAUGUUUCUUACGUGUAUACAUCCACACUAAAUAAAUCUAUAUAAAUGAAAAGUGAGUCAAUUCGUUUGUUCAGAUUCUUUUUUCCUAUACUUAGAACUUUAUUACAAAAAGAAAAGGUGGACAGGGGUCGUCUGUCUCCUCUCUGACCCACAAAACUUGCUUCUUCAAAGCUUGCUCUGCUGUAGGGCAGGCUGGACUAAAAGUGGCAUACACAGAUAGAACACCCUCAGACCACAGGCAGGCUAGUUUCCUGCACAUUCUCAGGGCUAGACACCAAUUUAAAUGUGUCAGAAAUUCUUAUUCAUGAUCCCUAACCUAUGCCUGACCUUGUGUAGAUUUUCCCUCAGCUUAGUGUAUCAGCAGAUGUUCACUGAUAUAUUUGUAAAUGGAUUUUUUUAAAUAAUACUUUUACACUUAUUUAAACCACUUUAUGUUUAAUUUCAAAUUAGUGAGAUGUAUAAAGUAAUUUUGUAUUUUUCCAGUUUGGCUUUUGGCAAUGAAUCAGGGUUGGCUAUAGUAGAUUAUUUACAAAAGACCUGCCUGCUUAACUUGGGCACACCAGACUUAUAUGGUAAGAUUACUUAAUUCAACAAAAAGAAUAAGCACAACUGUUUAAAUGUUAGCACAGCAACAAAAAAUGUGGUCAGUAUAAAUAAUGUAUAAACAUCUAGGUCAAAUAUUUAGACCCCCAGCUCAUGUAAACUACUAAAAAUACAUUAAGUUUGAGCUGCAUAACACUUAAUUCCUAUCUUUUUAGACUGGUUAACUCUUUACCCUACUAAACACUUACCCCCAAUUUACUUUCACUAAGUUUAGUUUUAAUUUUUCUGCAACAUUUAUAUUCAAUUAAUUUUUAAGGCUUUGAUAAUUUGAAAUAGACAAUGUGCAUAUCUUUAGGUUCAAUGGACCCAUACCAAAGAGCACCAAGAUCCCCUCGCUCUAAAAGAAACCCAGGUGAAAGCCUAGUUCAAGGUACAACAGAAGACUGCAAAUCUCCUACUGUAGAUCAGGUUAGUUUAAAACUAUCCAGAAAAAACAAUUUUUGUAUCAUUCAAACAGCAAAAAAAUAUUUUUUUUUGCUUCAUUUUUCAGAGAAAAAAAUUGAAAUGUACAUUUUAAAUAGAUUUAGAAAGAAAGAAAAUAUUCUGAGCAUUAAAAUAAUUCAUUUAGUAGUAAUUACAUAAGCUUAAAAGAAAGAAAUAAAUAAUGAAAUUUACUAUUAAUAAUAUUCUUAGGAAUGGUUGAAAGUAAUUGGGCACAAAUUAAAGCUAAGCACAUUUUAUCCUCAGGAUAUUUUUAAUUUUAUCCACACAAAAAAUACAUUUUAAAAAAUAAUAAAUUAUUUAGUAAUUUCCUUAUGCAUGUUUUAAAUGUUGUUUAGAUACUACAUUUUUUAUUUUAAUACUGUUUUAAGGUUACUCAUUUAAUCAUUUUUAUAAGGGAUUUGUAACCACUUAAACCUCAAAAUAUUGAAGAAACAUCUAAUUUAACAUUCAAUGAAAAAUUUUGAGGGAGCUGAUAACGUUCUAAAAGUCUUAGAAAUAUUUUAUUUUUGUGUUUAAUAUUUUAAAAUAAUUAUUAUUUAACAAUUUAUGUUUCAGUUUUUCAUUUAGCUAGAAAUAACAUUAAAUUUCAUGUCUUUAACUACAGUGGAUUCAGAAUAUAUGAAAAAUUUGAAACGUAUAUAUUUUUUCAGUGCUUUGUAUUUUAGCUAUAAAAAUAUUUCUCCAGACUUGAAAUUUACAAUUAAUUUUUGGGGAAAUAAAAAUAUAUGAUAUAUAACAAGUUUAUCACCCUUUUGAGCUGACAUUUACUCAGUUUAAAAGGACUUCAAUUAAUCCCAAGUUAAAAUAUAACAUUUUUAACAAAGUAUUGAAACUUGUGAUCUUUUUUUAUCAAAUGCCCGUGGGAGCAAACCUUAUUUAAAAAGCAUGCACUUUGUUAAAAUGGUUGUUUCUCAAUCACUCUCAUUUUAAAACUGCAUUAUAAAAACAACUGUUAUGACAAGAGUUACUGAAAUCUAUUAAAACAUAUUUCUGUAUUUAGAAGUAUUCAGAACUAAAUUGUAAUUAACCAGAUAUGCAUGUAAUAAGGUAUAAAAGAAGCAUUUAAUAAUAAAAACUCUGAUUCCACUGAAGUUAUGAAAAAACAAUAUUUUAAAUUUUAACUACAUUUUUAUAUGGUUUUUUUUUUUUUUACUCUUUCAUGUCAGAUUAGCUUUUCAUUGUUGAGUUAGUUCAUCAAGCAUUCAUUUUUCAAUGUAUUUGCGCCUUGUUGGUUUCAGUCAGGUCCAAACCUCUCACUUAGCCCAGGAACUAGCAGAGGGGGCACUUCUAACAGUUUAUUCCCUCUCACUUCAAGUAAUGUUCCAAGUUUUAAGGUGUCAGAAACCUGUGAUGAGACCAGCAUAACUCCCAGAAUACACCAAACUCUGUCCAAGUCAAAGUCUUUAACUCAAACCCUGGUCCCUCCUGUGAUAAAGCCUCCCAAGCAGCAGCAAAAUAAACCUUCUACCCAUUUAGCUGUGGUUAAGUCACUUUCACUAGGCUCACCAGAUCAAGAACUAUCAAUUCCAUCACUUUCCCUUGACCUUUCAAGCCCACAAUACAAAUCCCUGAACAAUCCUACACCCCCUCUAAUGGUCCCUGAUGAUGAGUCUAAAGUUACUUCGCUCAACCCCUUUGAUGAAGAUUACUUUGGAGAUAAAGAUAAGGCUCUCCUAAAUGAAACUCCAAAACCACCACCUAGAACUAAAAACAAGCAGCGUGCUCUUGUUCAUCAGCCAGCUCUUGAUCUACCUCCAUCACCCAAGCAAGAAUCAAGCUCUUCUCCUGUCAGCUCAUUUCCACAACCUGUCUCGGAAAUUAAAUCUAUCCAAUCUCUAUCUCCAUCAACGCUCACACCUGUUAUCUAUCUUCCUCGAUCAAACAGUGAGGCCGGUGAAAAGGGUUUGAGAUGUCCAAAGACUGAAAAAUCCACUUCAUUUGAGAAUCCUUCACUCCUCUGUCCCACAAUACCAUCAAAACCAAAAAGUGUCAGUACAGGUGACCUACCCUCUGCCCAAUGCAGGCGCAAUAGUACUUCAUCUGAUAUACUGAGAAAGGAGGCAGCUGCAAAAACAAUGUCUGAUCCUAAAAGUUGCAGAGAAACCUCAGACCGAGAGAAAGAAGCUGGAGAAAAUCUUAGAAAGUCAUCAUCUGAUAGCCACUUAUCAGCUACUGAUUCAAUUCAAGUGUUGCAGUUUUCUGGUCAAGCUGCUGACUCCAACAAAAAUUGGUUCUUCAAGAAAAUUCAAAGAAGAUCCAAAAAGAAAAAGAAAGGAGAUGAGGAAUUGAUGGGCAGCAACAAAAUUGCCUCAAAUCAAAAGAAUGAGGUGAAUGAGGUUAUGGAAGAAGACUUGGACCAAGUGAAUAGUGUGGAAAAAUUUGAGCUCAAUGUACUUGAAGUUAAUGGCUUAGAUGCUAAUGUAUAUACUAGAGAAAAUAAUGAUUUGGAUCAAGUAGACGGCCCAGAUAAUGGUGUGAGAAGUCCAGGGAGUAGCAAGAAUUUUUUUAGUAGAGUUAGCCUGAAAAUCAAGUCCUUAGGUUCACGUAAAUCUUCUGAAGAGGAAGAACGAGAAACGGCACAAUCACAACCAAUGUCAGCUCAUAAAUUUCAACAAAAGUCUCAAGAUAGGCAGCCGAAAGUAAAAAUAGAAGUCCUUGAUAUGACUGAUGAUCUUGCACGAAAACAUAGCAUGAGGAAAGUGUACCUUUCAGAUGUGAUGCUGUCACUAAGAGCAGUUGGUAGGUAGUCAUAUUUUUGGGGGCUCUUUCUUGGCCUUUCGAGUGCUCAUAAACUACUAACAGCUUGAAUUCACAUUUUUAAUUAUAACAGUUUACAUGUUUGACAUAAUUUUUCUUUAGUUUUUCAGAUUAGAUUUUCUUUAUUACAGAAUUUCUCUGUUUUAGAGCAAAUUUUUCUUUCCUACACAUAGCCUCAUCCGGGUUAUUGUUUUUUUUAUCUGAUAAUUCAUAGAAUUUUUUUUUCAACAGCAUGAGAAGUCCAUUUUCAACAGGAGCACCAAGCAUGAAUGUCCUUGUUGUUUCUUUUUUUGUUGUUUGUUUUUUUUUUUUUAACCUAUACCCAUUGCCUGGUGUUAAUUGUUAAUUGAAUUUCAAUUUAUUUACUUCUACUUUUAUUCACCAAUUUAUAUACUUAUACAUCUUUUUCAGGGUGAGCUUUUUGAGUCAUCACACUUUUUCUUGUAUGAGGAUGUCAGGUCUCGUCAUGGGCACCAAGGCAUGAAUGCAUCAGAUUACUUAUUAUUUCCUAGCAAUAAAGAAUAGUCAGAUUUGAUCCCGUUAUCUAUUUAAAUGUGUUUUCCAUUUUUAAAGUUUAUACUUCUCUAGCAAGCCAGUGAAUUAAAGCUUAUUUUGUCUGACUGCUUUACAAUGCAACUAUAUAAACUAUAUCAAAGGGCUAUUGCACAUUCUGUUAUGCUAGUCUGCAGGUGGUCUAGAAAGAGAAGAAUUUAACUGGUAUGUUAAAAUUGUGUUCUCAUAUAAUAUCAGUUACCUAGGUGGCAUUUCAUUCAUGCAUUGGCCCCAGCAAGAAAAUACUUCUUUUCUUUUACUAUUAUUUUGUUUAAUUUUUUUAUUUGGACCACUAUUUUGCUUUUUGUCUGGGUUGUUGUGGGAAUUGUCCAGCAUUUGGUUUGGAAAUCAGCUACAGUUUUUGUUUGAAAAGGUUCCAUGUCCUGCUCCCUAGUUCUGUGCCUUGUGAAUUGUUGUAAGCCUUGUUCUUGAGUCUGUAGUGUCAACAUUUGCAGCUGUGCUAAGAUUUAUAUAGCAAAAAAGCUGCCUCUAUUUUUAUGGAUAAUGAAAUGUUCUUUGAAGUCUAAAAAGUAUGAUUAUUGCUUGGAGUAGAUAGAUUAUCCAUCCAUUUACUGUUGUCACAGUCCACUCUUAGAAUGACAUUUUGUACUUAAAAGUUGACACUUCAAUGUCCAGUGUAAGUCUUCCAAAAGCUUAAAGUUAAAACACUUGAUCUUUGCAAUGUUUUCUCACAGCCAUGUAAUUUAAUUUAAAAUAGAAAGUAUUGUAUUGCCUUUGAUCACUACCUGUUUAAAAGUUGUGAGCUAAGCAUUAUAGACCACAACAGCUCAAGCAGUCGUACCACUAUUAUAAUUCCACCUACAGCCCUAUGAUUUAAUCCUACCCUUUUUAUUAUUCUUUAUUAACUGCUGUUAAUAUAUUGCUAGCCAACUAAGAUUAGCUAUAUCUGUAUGCAUUUAUGUAUUGAGCAAAUUAUUUUUCUGGAUGAUUUUUUUUUUGUUGUUGCACUAGAUGCCCAUGUGUAGUGUUAUGAUUGGAUUAGAGUUUUAAUAGAUUUUGAACGCAGUCAUAAUUUCCAUGACUUGAUCAUGACCCUGUCCCAGUUUGUUUUGUUUUUUUUUGGUUGUUUUUUAAAAUUUAAUUCAACUAAAUUCUUUUAUCUUCUGUUAUUUUGUUUCACAUACCAGGUUGAUAGUUUUUAUAGGUUAUUUACAUUUGGUUUACCUUCCAUGGCUUAUAACUUGUCUUCUCUGCAGCAUAAAAAAGCUUGAUCAACCAGAGAAUUGAACAAUGACUACAUCAAGACGUAGAGGACCAAUUUGAAAUCCCUUUUGUCUCUCUAUGAGAAUUAAUAAAUCAAUUUGUGAAAAUAUCUACUUUUUUCUAUUCAUUUUCUCCCUUCCCCUCUUCAUUCUCCUCCCCACUGGACACACUCUUUAGAUAAAUGGCGACUGUCUGAGCCCUACCACUCCAGGGACUAAAAUUGCCAGGAAACAACUAUCUGCAGAAACACGUCGCCCCAAGGGUCAAGGCGCCCGCAAAUUACAAAGAGUUCACAGUGUGGCAUCUAUGGACGAGCCUUUCAGUAGCGGAGGUGCAUUGUCAGCUUAACACAAUGUUCUGUCGGCUGUUCAGUCUCUUACUCUUUCUCUAUUCGUGUCCUGUGCGUGGCAUCUGUUCAUUCCUUUACCUAUUUAACCAUAACUUUUUUUUUUUAUAUAAUUUUUUUUUUAUUUUAAACAAUAACCCACUGAAAGCACUGCCACGUUCCAGUUUAUUGUUGUCAUAUCUGGUACCGGUUCCAUUAUUGUUUCCUAGGUUCAACUCAUUCUUUUGGUUAUCUUGAUUCAUUUACCUUUUUUAAUGUACUUUAUUUCUAGCAUUUUGAUUUAACCCAUUUAUUUUGCUUUCAGUCAGUUUUAAGUUCAUUUAAAAUUAUUUCAUCUUUCAAAAUUGAUUCCCAAGUGAAAUGUGAAACUUUGCCUAUUCAUAGUCUUUUUUUUCUUUUUUUUAUCAAUAAUAUAAAAUUUUAAUUUUUAGUGUCCAAUAGUGCAGGUAAAAUAGUGUCCACUCUAUUUGUAGUGAGCUUUUAUUGUUAGAAUCAGUACUUUCUUUAUGUGAACUUCUUUGUCAAAUAUCUGGUAAUUUGGAACCUGUCAUGUGACGCACACAAUACUGACAAUUUGAAUAGGCAAAAGUUUGUUUUAUUUGAUUUUCCUAUUUCACUGUGUUUAUUAUAAUAUAAAAUAUAUUGCUAUUACAAAAAAUCUUACAAUGAGGAAGUCUCUUUUGCAGAACAGUAAAUGCAAUAAUGAAAAAUAAAGAUUCAAUUUUACGUAUCAAAGAUAUUUUAAUUGAAGAACACACUGUUGUUGGAGAUGUCAUCUUGGGAGAGGGGUGGGGGGUCCUUUAUGAUCCCAUCAACUGUUUUAAAAGGAAAAAAUGUAUCUUCUUGUAAUAAUGUCAAUGUCAUUAAAUAUUUGAAAAAGCUCAUGAAACAAUUACCAAUGUUUUCCAUAAAUACCACUUUGAAUCUAGCCCUUUAUUACCAAAAUGUUCAAUUUUUAUUUCAUUUAAUCUGAUUAUUAUUAUGAGCUCUAAUCUUUCAAUUACAGAUUUUUAUAAAAAUAAACAAAAACAAUCUUACUAGAGUUUGCUUUGUACACUCAAGUGGAUGCUUGCAUGGCUUAAACUGUAUUUUAAAAAAAUAUAAUUUCAAUACUGUAAAGUAGCUGAAGGUUGCUUCCACACAUAUUUGGAAGGGAUAAAAUAACAAAGAAAGCAUGUUUCUCUGUGAGCAAAUAUCUUUUAAAUGACAAAGUCUUGAUAAACUUUUGACCUAAACAUUUUUGCAGUUUCCUGCUUAUUGAAACAGAUUAGAGUUAGAGCAUACACAUUACGCACUAAAUAAUAUACUAAACAGACAAAUUUCUGAAGACUUCUGUGCUGUUGAUUGGACCUAAAUUUCCCUAUUUUUCUCAUGUCCAUUAGUUUUAAUCUCUGUGGUCACUAUGAUCCAGUUUAUUUGAAAAUAAUCGGAUCUGUGUGAGCAGCCAUCAGGUGCACUUAAUUUGACAGAUUUUUAUUUCCUCAUAUAUACUUUGUUGUCAUUUUAAUCUCAUCCUUAUUUGCUUUAAUUUAAUUUUAAGUGGCUGCUGAAUUGACUGGCAUCAUACAAAGGACUUGCCAUUUUUUAUAUUUUUUACAUCUUAGUCUAUAAAUAAUAUAUUAAUGUCACUAUUCUUUAUGUUGUUAAUAGAGCUGUAUAUUUUGACACCUAUAUGUUUUAUUUACUUGGUAACUUAAUUUAUACUAAUCCCCUUCUAUUUCGACAAGCACUUUCAUAUAUAUCAAGGAUUAUUGGUUUAAAGUUAAUGUCAUAUUUUUAUAUAUUGCUUACUCGUGCUGAUUAAAUUAGUGUUUUAGUAGCACUAAGAAUGGAGUUAAAAUACCUAAAACUUAUUUUCAAUCUGGGUUUGUUUUUUUCUUCACAUUUCUGUUAAGUCUUUCAUAUUUUUUGUUAAAUGCCAUUGUUUUCUUGGUAGUUAUGGGGUUGUUGCAAGCUGUUGAAAACCUCAUUAUUUGUAUUUUAAAAGAAUAAAAAUUUUCAACCAGGAACUUAGGUUUUAUAAUAUUAUUUAAUAAUGCAAAAAAUUAAAGGGUGUAACAGAGCAUUAAAUAAAAAAAAAUUUUUUAGCAUUUAAGCCGUAUUAAGUAUUUUUAUCAGUUAUUCAAAGGCCUAUUUAAAAUGUAGGGUAGAUAUAUAUAUAUAUAUAUAUAUAUAUUCCAUACUUAUAAGUAUUUGUAUUUUCUAAUAUUUCUUUUUCAUGUUAUUUUCUGUUUCUCUUAGACAAGACAGAUGGCUCAUCAUUCUCCCGCUCACGCAGCUCAAGCAUGUCUAGCUUGGACAAUGUUACAAAGGAAGCUAUUCAGUGUUUAGUCUUUGCUGACUCUUACACACGCAAGCAAGGUUAGUUUGAGAACUUCUUAAUAUAUGUGUUAUCACAUCAAACAACCUUCUGGCAUGAGAAAUUGUGAAAAAAAUGUGUUAGUAUAUAUUAAUCUGUAGUUUUUUUUUAAUGGGGUGCCACAGCACCCUGGGAUACCCCAUGAGUAAAAGCAUCCUUAACUUACAAUAAAACAUCCAGCCAAAAUAAAAGCGUGUAUUAUUAUAUCAAUUAGCUGAAUUUCCAAAUUCAAUAUUAAUUUUGAUAAUAAUUUUAUAAGAUUAAAAAAAAUUAUUUGCAAAAUGUAUAUAUUUAAAAAACAAGUUUCUUAGCUCAUAUUGAUUUUCCUUCUGGAUUCAAGUGUAAGCAGUUUCACGGGCAAAAUGGAAAAUUCACUUCUGGAAUACGAGUUGUUUUAGAACACCAUGACCUGUUCCUGUUUUAGAAAGGUGUAGAACUGCAACUGCAAGAUAGUCUUGCAGCAGCACGUUGAAAUUUGGCCCAGGAUUUCCAGCCACUUCACAAAUUUUAGAAAAUAAGACCUUUGCCCAAUACGCUGGUCACUUUAAGAAAAUCAAACUUUGGCCAUUUUGUUCUUUGGUCAGCCAAUUCAAGAAUCGGCAGAACAUUGAGCUUUAGCCAUAACAUGUAUAUAUAUAUAUAAUAUAAAUCUUCAUUUCAGCAGUGUUCUUUUAUAUUUCAGAUAAUGAGACUUCCCCAUGCUUAUGGGUUGGCACCAGCUUGGGUUCAGUUAUAGUCAUUGUUUUGGUUCUGCAACCCGAUCAGCGUCUCUCCCAACCUGUGAUAGUGUCUCCUAGUGGUAUAAUUAUAUUUCUUAAUAUCAUAAAGUUUGUAAUCAUGAAAGUGUAUUAAAUCUUGUAUUUUAAAUCUGUUAACUGUAGCAAAUUAAAGUAAUAAAAUUUCCUAAUCAAGCUAAUAAAAUGUCCUAAUGUCUUUAAACAUCAAAGAAAUACUAAGUUAGCAAAUACAUAAAAAUGGCAACUGUAAACUUGAUUGUUUAAUUUUUAUUUUAUGUUUUAAAUAAAACAUAUAUUUUUUUUAUUUUACCUUAUUAGCCUCAAACUUAUCAUAGGACAAUUUAGAAAUGGUAAAAUAGUAGAGUCAUAUAUGAAGUUCAAAACAUUUGUCAAUAAAGAAAGAAAGAAAUGCAUUUGAAAAGGGCCAUUUGAAAAGUCACACAUUAAAAUUAAUUUACAUAUCUAUGCUCAUAGAUUGUUUUAAUGUUUAAAUAAUUUUUAACAGGUUCCCUCUAUAGAAUGAAAGGAGCCAUUGUCUGUAUGUCAUUUCUGGAUUUCAAAGGAGGCCUCAUACCUGCUUUGAGUGAGCAAUGGAGAGAUAACCGUGACAACAGAGAUAUAACUGAAAGAAUGAGUAACAAAGCUGCAAGUCGUGAGUGAUUUCAUUUGUUAACCCUUUUAAGUCAUCAUUUUCAGCUCACAUAAAUAAAAUAAUAAUAAUUUUAAGUUUUUUUUUCCUCAAACACUUAUUGGCCAGAGUGAAAAUUAUACCCAUCAAUUUCUGAUACCACUUGUAAAUAGUAGAGAUUUUAUUUUUGAGAUCUCUCUAUCUCAAUGAAAUGAUGGCGUGGUUUUUCAUUGACACUCUUUUACAUAUAUGGCUCUUAACAAUUAUGACUUUUUGUAACUUAUGUAUAUGGGAAUAGUGAACUGCAGGGCAACAUAAAUUUUUACUCACAUAAUUCUCACUGGCCUUUUUUAACUAGGUCACUAAUCACUAGUGUUUUAAAAACUAACAGAUAUUCAUUUCAUACUUUUAAUGCAGGACAAAUGUCAGUGAGCAAUUCCAAACCAAAAAUCUCCCCCACUUCAUCUACAGAAAUAAAUAAUGACAGACAAUUUGCUAUCAUCUGCUCAGAAAAACAAGCUAGGGUAAGUUUACUUAAUUGUUUUAAAAUAAAUAUAUUUGGUUAUGUUUGUCUCAAAGUUUCACAGACAUUAAUUUUCAAAUGCUUAUUAUGUUUUUUAACAAGUGUUGGUUUGUUUGUUUAUUUGUUUUUUUAAAUAAAAUUGUAUUGUAUUUUUUCUUGCUGAAUCUUCUCCAUCUGUUUAAAAAUAAACAAAAUGCAGUAGUUUGUCUUCUUUUUACUAAAUUACAGGCAAUCUCAUUGCCAUCACAAACAUGUGCUUUCAAAGUAAAAGUAACAGAAACUUCAUUUGUUGUACGAGCAGAAGUUGUGGGAAUGCGAGGUAAGGGUUAUUUUAUUUAUAUUUAACCUAGAGUUCUGAUUCUCCUUACUUUAUUACAGGAUUUAUUUGUUCGCACUUCUAGAUGCGAUAAAUGUAUUUUAAAAAUAUCUCGUAUUGAAUUUUUGAAAAAACAAUAUCUGUUUCAGAAAGCGUUUGCUUAAUGUGUUAUGUUGCCAAUGGUCACAUUGUGGCCUUCAGUCUGCCUAGCCUCAAGCCUUUAUUUGAUGCAGAUUUCUUGCCAUUAACUGACUACAGGUAAAUUAAUUUUAUUUCAAUCAAUUUAUUCCAGUGCCCAAAGAAUGUAAAAGUAACAUGUAACCUUGUUACAGAAUACAGCUAUGGAAUUAAAGGAAAUCUCAGUUCUUGCAAGACAUUUUUAAAUACAUACACUGGCAAGUUAGCCCACGAUAUGUCCAAUGCAAAUUCACUGGUGGUGUCUUUUUAAGUAACUUCCAUAUGUAUCACUAAAAUACCCAAAACUAACAGAAAAUUAAUCCAGAAACCCAUAUCAGUCUAGAUUAUUCGGAGAGUAAAUUGUAAAAGGAAUCAUAUGGUAUCAUUUUGGAAUUCUGUGAGCUAUAUGAAAUGAAUUUAACAAGACCUUUUUACAGUAGCUACAAUUGUACUACAGUUGAUCUUUCUUCAAUUCACUCCCAUACUGACUGUUGAGUCCUUGUAUCAUCUAAAUAAAUUUUUCAAGACCCAUGAACCAUCCUUUCAGUUUUUACAAUAUAAAGAUAUUUGAGUUUAUGGACCUUAAAAAUUCAAAGGUGGCCUGCGUAUUUCUCUCUAUAAUACCUAUUAAAUGCAUUAGUACCCUAUUUUCCACUAUUAGAACUUCAACUUUCUAAAUAUGUGGACAUUAGCUGUGUACUAAAUCCUGUGGUGAAGAUGGUGAAUUUAAUAAGGUCACAUGGGCCCAACCAUAGACAGUUGAGAAACAUGUUGAAAGAUACAGGCACAGAAUCGAAAGAUUUAUCAUAUUACACAGCAGUAAGGUGGCUAAGUUGUGAGAAAGUUCUAAGCAGAGUAUUUAAGUUAAGAAAGGAAAUAGGUGACUUCCUGGAAAGUACAAGCAAGCCACAGCCAUUACUGUCUGAUGAAGAGUUUGGUAUGGAAAUUAGCCUUUGCUGUAGAAUAACUAGUCAUUUAAAUUUUAUGAACCAAAAACUACAGGAGAGGAAAAUCUAGUUUCUGAUCUAUACACCCACCUAAAGGCCUUCAGAUCCAAACUCAUCUUGUUUUUGGAACAAGUACAGACCAAUAACUUGACACACUUUCAGCAGUGCAAGGUCUUCAUGGCUGAAGCAACAGCAGAGUUCCCCUGUCAUUUGCAUGCAAGAUCAUCAAAGACCUCCAGCUGCAGUUUCAGCAGCGGUUUUUUGACUUGGAUUCAAAGGCAAAAGAAGUGAGACUGUUUCAAAACCCAUUUGAAGCAGAUGUGGUCAGUUUCCCAGAUGGUGCCGGCCAUCCCAGCAGGCACAUACCUCACCCCACAGAAGCUGGGUAGACUGAUCAGAGCAAAACGCUCACUCAACACGGAGUUCACCACUGACUUUCCCAUAAACAAUUACACCAGAAAACAUAGCAAAUGCUUCAAAGUACCUCAGUGCAGUAUCAACAAUCUUUCUUCCCACACACAAUAAUAGCAUGGAACAACCUGAACGAUGCCUUUGUGAACUCGACAUCAGUCGAAAGCUUCAAGGCUGCCCUGGCAUCAGCUAGGAGCUGUUAGAAUAGCAACAUCAUACCCCCAACCGUUGCAAAGAUGCCUGUACAUGGAUGCAGCAACGAAACAUUACCAGAACAGAACUGCAGCUAGAGGUCAUUGAGUUGCAAGCAAAUGACCUCCUUAGGGACAAGUUAAAAGGACUGGUGUGUUUACCGGUUUUGGCCCAAGGAAGACUUUUCUAAUGUCAAAACUUUUGCAUUAAGGUAGCUUUCAAUCUUUUGAACAAAUAUGUGAAGAACAAUUUGAGAACAAACUUGUCCGAUGAUAAUCUCAGGUCAUUGUUGAUGUUAGGAAUGUCAAACCUAUUGCCAGAAAUGUCUGCUAUUUAGGCAUCCAGGAAACAAUUAAAUAAAUAAUUAACAACAACAACAUCCAUGUUUUCAUCUUUUUUAUCUGGAGCGCGAGUGUGUAGUAUGCCCCUGGACUGCAGUAUGAUAGCUAAUGCAGCCCUAGGGCUAAAAAACUUGGAGACACCCCUCCCCCCCUCUGAUCUAUUACAAAGAAAUCCCAAUCAUAAAUAAUGGAAGCCAGUUGAAAAACUUAAAAUUUCCUAAUUAUUCCUGUUACUCAUCAAAUGACUUCUUUUUGCAGAGUAGCAAGAACAUUUUGCUUUAGUAACAAUGGCCAUGCUAUGUUUCUGUGCUCACCUUCUGAGAUACAAAAAAUUACUUACUCUGCUGAAAUCUCGUAAGUUCAAAAUCUCACAUUGUAAAUAUAUCAAUAUUCCUGUAACUGUUCUAUAAGAGUGCUGUCAACAAUAUUUUUAAAAAACUUCAUCAGUAGUGCUCUCAGUUUUGUUCAUUAUUGGAGUGUAAUUGGCAGAAAUAUUUUUAUAAGAAUUAACUGAUUGCAAAUUUUUCUCAUUUCUUAUUCCAUUUUUACAUUUUAUAUAACUAGACAUCAAGUAAAUUCAGUGAAAUAAAGUUAUUCUAUUUUUAAUCAUUUAAACUUUAGUUUUAAAGAACAGGUAGAGCAAAAUGUUAAUAUACUGCAUCAUACUUUAUUUUCUCUAUUUGUUACAUCUAAAUUAAUUGUAAUAAUUUAUAUCCCUUGCAAAGAUGUUCUAUUUUAAUGAAGAUUUAACAAUGUCAUUUUUUUCCAUCUUGAUUUCAGUGAAAAUUUAAAUGAAAUGCUAGGGGAACUGUUUUUACCUAAAGAAACUCCAGAACCUCCAAAACAAGGAUUUCUCAAAACCUUAUUUGGUGGUGGGGUGACCACACUUGACAGAGAAGAACUAUGUGAGUAAUGUGCUAUUUUGCUCAUUACUGAUAGUUACUAUUUGAAUGCUUUAAAUUUGAAGUGCACAUUUGUUUGUUUAAUUUUGUUAGGUUCUCUGUAGCCAAAUAUUUUUCAUUAUUUUAUAGAAACAUCUAAAUGUCGAAAAAGGGAAAACACAUGUUGAUAAACAAUUUGUUAAUAUUGAGCCUUGUACAAAUGUUAAUUUUUAUUAUAGUAACCAAUAACUUUUGUUUGCUUCGGUGCUGUAUGACCAAUUUUGUGACAUAAUUAUUUCGUUCUACCUCGGAACCGUAGCGACAAAAAUGAAGACAAUUACAAAUUUUCUUUACAAAUGCAUUCUCAAAUGUUCCACCCAGCCGCAUUUGAGUUUGACAUUUUUUUAUAAGAUCUAGGAAGCUGCAUUUGAAAUAUAUUUAGAAAUCAUUAAGCAGCUGUACAAUUAUAGUACAUUCACACUCAUCUUCCCUGCUCCCAAUACAGGUUGUGGUAGUUAGAGACUACAAUAUGUUACCAGAAAAUUAAAUCAGGUUUCUAGACUUAAUGCAGCUAUAGGCAACCUGCCGCUUCCACGUUAGAUACUUUGGACAGCUGGACAUAUCACAAUUAAAUGUAUAUCUUCAUUCAAUUAGCCAUUAUAUUCAUUUUUGGCUUAAACACACAAUUGAAAUAUAUGUUUAUCAAUAUACAUCACUUCAGCCUCAAGUGUAGCUGAAGAGGCUGCAUCAAAAGGUAACCUUAAGGGACCUGUACAAUGCAACAAAGAGGCUGACAGGAAAGUUUCAUCAGCAAAGCAGGCCAAUCAAAGACAAAUUGGGGAAAAAACUAACAAACAAAUAUGAACAAAAGAAAAGAUGGCUUGAAUAUUUCAAAUAAUUACUUAACAGGCCAGCCCUACAAGAACCACCUGAAAUUCUCCCUGCAGAUGAAGAUCUACUCAUUGACUGCAAUGUACCCAACAGAACAGAAAUUAAAAGUGUGAUCAAAAUAUUGAAAAAUGGAAAGGCUGCUGGCCCUGAUGGAAUACCUGCAGAAGUACUAAAGAUAGACUUGGAACUGUCGUCAAGCAUACUUCACCAGCUGUGACUAUCUGGGACAAAGAAGAGAUACCCAUGGAGUGGAGGGAAGGAUACUUGGUCAAACUUCCAAAGAAAGGAGAUCUCCAAGAGUAUGGAAACUUUUAGAGGAAUCAUGCUGCUUUCUGUACCAGGAAAAAUACUAAAUAGAAUUAUUCUGCAGAGAAUAAAAAAAGCGAUAGACUCCAAACUAAGAGAUGAACAGGCUGGUUUUAGAGAAAACAGAUCAUGUACUGACCAAAUAGCAACCCUGCGCAUAAUCAUGGAACAGUGCUUGGAGUGGAAUGCAUCGUUGUUCUUAAUUUUGUCGACUUCGAAAAAGCAUUUGUCAGCUUAGACAGCGAUACACUCUGGAAACUACUAAGACAUUAUGGUAUUCCUCAAAAGCUAACUAACUUAGUUAAGAACACAUACAAGGAUAUGAGUUGCACGGUUAUACAUGAAUGAAGGUGAACUCACAAACCCAUUUAUAAUAGAAUCUGGAGUAAGACAGGGAUGCCUGCUCUCACCAUUCCUCUUUCUGUUAUCCAUUGACUGGAUCAUGAGAGAAACAACACAAGAUGGGGAAAAUGGAAUCCAGUGGACACCUUUCAAAUAGUUAGAGGAUUUGGAUUUUGCAGAUGACAUUGCACUUUUAUCACAUAGCCAUUAACAAAUGCAGGAGAAAACAACAAAACUUGACUCUGUAUCCCAGCAAGUUGGACUUAGCAUAAAACUUAGCAUAAAUAAGGGAAAACCAAGACCGUAAGAAUAAAUGCAGUGGAUGAUGGAGUCAUUGGGAGAGAAGCCUCUCUUGAAGAAGGUGAGACUUUUACAUACCUGGGAAGCAUCAUAAAUAAAAAUUGUGGCACAGAAGAGAACAUAAAGUCUAGGGUCCAAAAGGCCAGAAGAGCAUUCAAUGCCCUGCAAAACACCUGGAACUCAAGUGAAAUACUGACAAAACAAAGUUUAAAAUAUUCAACUCAAAUGUCAAGGCACAUCUUCUUUAUGGCUGUGAAACUUGGAGCACAACAAAAACAAACAUUAAAAAACUGCAGGUUUUUAUAAAUAGAUGCUUGCAAAGGAUCCUCAAAAAACUAUGAGAAUUUGACAAAAUUUGUAACACUGUCCUUUGGGAGAGAUCAUCAAGUGUUCCGGUGGAAACGGAGAUAAAAAUGAGAAAAUGGAGAUGGAUAGAGCACACAUUAAGGAAACCAAACACUAACAUCACAAGACAAGCCCUGGACUGGAAUCCUCAAGGUACCAGGAAAAGAGGAAGACCAAGAGCCACAUGGAAGAGGGGAGUAGAGACAGAGAUGAAGAGAAUGAAGAAAAGCUGGGCUGAAUUGGCAAAGAAAUCCCAGGACAGGGACAGAUGAAAAAGUAUUGUGGAUGGCCUAUGCUCCAUUGGGAGUGAGAAUGGCUAAGACGAAGAAAAAUAUACACCACAUCGUCAUCUUUUCUAUCAAAGUGACAAAUGAUGGGCACCUUUUUAUGUGCAAUAAUUCACUGUAACAUAAAUAUAUAAAUGUCAGUCAUCUAAUUUAAGAAGUAACUUUUAUUAGACAUGCGAUGGAAAUUUUUAUUGUAUUCAUUAUAUUGUAUGUCUAUUUAUUUUACUAUUACAAUACGGUAGUGUAUGAUUUUUUAGAUGGUUAAGUACUAUUCUUAGACUAUAUUUUACCAUUUUGGGGGUUCCAGUGUAACCAGGCCUGUAGCAGCCAAUCCUAGUAUUAAUGGAAUUUUAAAACAUUAAUUAUGUGAAGAUGAAAUAACAAUUAUUUAAGGUGUUUAAGUUGUCAAUUAAUUUAUUUUUAGAUAGGAGAGGACAUUCACUUCUGAUGAAUUAUCUAUAUUAGUUUUAAGACUUUAAAUUUCACCCCAUUGAAAUCCUUAUUUUCCAUUUAAAUAUGAUGAAACUUAAAGGAAAUUUCUGUUAAAAUUAUUGUGUCAUUCAAUUUUUCAGUUGGUGAAGCUAGUGGUAAAGCAUCCAAAGGUCUGGCCAAACACAUACCAGGGUCUGGCAAUCUCCAGCACCUUUCUCAGCAAGCCAGUGCUUCUAGUAGUGAAUUUACUCGAACCAGAUUAGUAAGUUCUCCCUGACUGAUUUGCUUGGUUUCACUUUUGUUUUUAAUUUUUUAAUCAAUUUAAAGUUACAGCACCAUUGUUAUACCUUUACCUAUAGGUAUUAUUUUCUUAAUCAUUGGUUGUUUUUUUAAUUUGCAGUGUAACUUACCUAAUAUACUAGUUGUUUUUUUGUUUAUCUGUAUAAUUGUGCUCAGUGUGAUGCUCAGACAAUAUAUUUAUGAUGCACUAAAAUAUACAAGAUGGACAAAAGAGCAAACUAUUUUAGAGCAUAAUAUCUAAAGAAUCAUUAAUUCAGAAAUAUAUAAAUAAAUAAUAAGUUCAUCUAACAAAUUGGUUAUUUAAGGAGAUUUUCACUUACAUUUGCAGAUCAGCACAUAUGAAUAUAUAGCAGAUGAAAUAAAAAGAAAUAAAUUAAUAUUAAAAAUGCCUAAAACAUUUCAAUACAUUUUAAUCACUGUUGGAGAUGAUAUAUCUGGGAAAAUCCCAAGCUAUCAGUACUCUGUUAAACAUUCAUUUAUAGCAAGGUAAAACAGAUUGCAUAUAUUAUAAUGGACAUACAUAUAUUAUAAUGGACAUCAUACCUUUGCAAUAAACACAUUGCUUAAAAAUCUUGAUUCUGUGUAUUCUUAGUGUUUUAUAAGUGAUAAUAUACAGUAGGGUUUUUAGAACUGAUACACAUGCAUAAUAAAGUAUCUUGAUGAAAUAUUGAAAAACAUAAAUUAAAUAAAAUUACCAACACCUAUUUCUUUCUACAAACAUGUGGGAUAACAUUUAGGAAGGAAGAAAAAAAACAUGCUAUAAUGGGUGCACAGCAAAGGGGAAUUUUUCAACAAUUGUUUAAUUUUUGCUCUUUUGUACAGAAUAGUUAAUAUUUAUUUGCUCUAUAUUGAAAAGAUAUUUUAAAAUUUAAGUUUGUGUUUGGUCUCAUGGUGAUGCAGCUUGUCCUGUCAUAAUUUAAUAAGAUGAAAAUUAAAUUAUCAUGAUUUACUCGCUGAUUAAUACUGUUAUCGACCUAAUUUUUUUUCAUCGUAGAGCUUAAGUGUUACAGUACUUCUCUGCCCCCUUUUGGUAUGAUAUUGAUGUCACCAAUUAAAUAUGUAAUGCUGUACCAUUGCCCACCUCUCCUUUCAUUGGGAAAAUGUUGUUUACAUUCUAACUUGUUCUAAAGAAUGCUAUCGCGUGAUUCGAUUUCUAGAAUUUCUUUUCUGGAGGGGUCUAAAACCCUCCCUACCCUCCCUAUAAAUAAGCUGGCAGCUUUUCCAGAUGGGAGAGAUUAGUGCUAGAUUUCCUAGACAUGAAACGGAUGAGACUUAAUUUAUAAAUAGGAGCCAUACAAAAUUUCACAGUGUUUGUGUAUAUAUCAAUAUUUGUAUCUUUCGAGGAUUAUACUAUUUCACUUGCUGUGCUGUAAUUUAAUAUAGUUUUUGUUUCUAUUUUUAAUUUUUAAUUUAAAUUUAAUAGAAUAAUUAUAUGGAAUAUUGUCAAUAUAACUAGCUUUGGUAUAGUUUUUCUUUGUGCACUGGUUUUCAGUACUAUGUUACAUAUAGUUCAUCUAAUGAGCUAAAUCUUAAAACAUUAAAUUUGCAAAUAAAACAGUAUGUAACAAUACAAUGUUAUUGGUUAUAUUAAUUUAGGUCUGUUAUGCUCUGGAAAGUUAAAAUCAUUCCUUAUCUUUACAGUUGCUGUCUGAAAGGGGUGAAAAGAUAGGAGACUUGGAAGACAGGUCAGCCCAGAUGAUGAACAGUGCAGAACAAUUUGCUUCUGCUGCGCAUAAUGUCAUGCUCAAGUGUAAAGACAAGAAGUGGUAUCAGUUCUAAUGAAGCCAAAAAUGUGAUUAACCCUCAAACUAUGAUCUUCUUAAGCUAUCAGAAAAUGAUUAUAUGAAAGCAUGUGGAACUACUGUUGCAAGUGUCAUGGUCUACUGAAGAAUACAUAUUCUUUCUUGUUAAAAUCCCAUUUGUUAACCCUGACUUUGAGCUCUCUUUGUGAUUCCCUGCAGCUUUCUUGAGUGCUCUUAGCGCAGUUGGUGACAAGAUUUGAUCACUAGAAUCACAUGAUGCAACCAAUAUCCAUUACUGGUCAUGCAAACAUUUUUGAACAUUGAUGCAAUCAGCAAAGAAGUAACAUUGCUGACAAUUGCAUUGGGAGUAACUUGUGUAACUGACCAACAAGUACUUUGCAUUACAUGAACUGCACUUCACAAAACAUACAGCAAGAGAUAAAGGUCCUUUUUGAGUCGUAUGUUGUUUUGGUUAUUUUAUCAUUAAGGACUUUUAAAAAUUGUUAAUUGAAUGUAUUUUGUUUCUUUUAAUUGAUGAUUAAAUUCAAUUUAAUUGUUCUAAUUUUAAAGUGUUUUAACAAAGUAGUAUUUAAAGCUUCAUUUAUAGAUCUGUUCUUCUUGGAAAUGGGUUUGUUUACUUAAAGUCAUGUGAUCCUGAAUGCUAUUAAUUCUUUUUCUUAAAAUAGAAACUUUGAAAAAAGCUUUUAAUUACUGUGUUAAAUUUUUUACAUGGGCAAUAAAAAGUCAAUCAUAUUAUGUCAUAAUAUAUCUAUUGAAAAUACAAUUUUUUUAAAGGCAGUUAAUUCAAUAGACUAAUUUAAGAUGGUCAUUAUAAAAUAGUACAUUAUGGAUAAUCAAUGAAGAUUUGAAAUGCAAUGAUAAAAAUAUAGCAACAAGUAUUGUAUAUAAAAUUGAAACCCAUUUCUUGUAGAAGCAACAGCAAUGUUGUUAUGAUUAACAUUCCUAAAUGCUAAAAUUCCUAAAAUAAAACAUUACCCAUUUCUGUGAUUUAUUUAAUUUUCUGAAAUCUUUUAAGGCUGUAUUAUGUAUUUAAUAGCUUUUUACAAAUCUCUUUGAUGAUGCCAUUUUCAAUGACCAUAAGUUUAUCAGUCAUAUUAUAAUAAUAAUAGAUGCAACUGAAUUAUUUUUUAAAGAUGAAAGUAUAAUAUAUUAUCUGGCUUCAAACAAAAAACUUUUUGGAAUUUGUUUCUGCAUUAUUAAAUUUUUUUUACUAGGUAAUCUGUGUACAUUUACAUUAGGAUAUUGUUUUGCAGAUAAUGCUCUAAAUUGGGUUCUAUAUAUGCUUAUAAAUUUAAAUAUCUAUUACACCAUUCUUUCAUUCAUCAUAAAGAUUAUACACAUUUUGCUUUUAUUGAAAAAUAUGUAUAAAUAUAAUUGCUGACUUUAAUGACUUUAAACUUUAAUUUCUUUGAAAGUUCAUUUUUUUAGCAAAUAUAAACGUUUUAUUCUAGACAAUUAAUAAAGCUAAUGUAUGUUAUUGAAAAUGUCAUUUUGAAAUUAAACUUAUUUGUAAAUAUUUAAACUUAACUUAAUACACAACAAACAAAAAAUUUGAAUUGUAAUGAUUACUAUUUAUUUGUACAUAAAAUGUCAGAUUCUGUUACUGAAAGGUUGGUUAGCUUUGUGGUUUUCUUGCUUUUUAAAAAAAAAACGUUAAUACAUCCUAAUUUAAAUUUAUUGGGCCACCCUCAACAUUCCUUGACUUUCCAUUAUCAUAAACUAAUUAAACUAAAUAAAACUUGUAAAACUUAUGACAAGAAACAUAACUAUUUUUUGUUGUCCGUUAUAGUUAUAAGAAGAGGUAGCACAUAGAUUUUGUUUGCUGGUAACUGGUAAUAAUUAUAAAAAGUAAAUAAUUAUUUUUCUUAGCUUUCCAUGCAAAUGAACAAUUGUAAUUACUAGCUUCUCAUAAUACUGACGCUCUAGCAGCUUCUUUAUUGAGUUAUAGUGCUUGUCUGGCAUCAUCAGUAAAAAAUCAGGAGUGUUUAAGAAUAUAUGAUUGGACAGUUGAAGAGAAGUAGAAAUCCUAAAAUGUUUAUUCAGCCUUUAAAGAUUAUUAAAUAGCUAUAGUUGAUUAAUUUCAUGUUAACUGUUUUCCUGACAUCCAUCUUAUUAAAAUGUCAUUGAAAGAUGAAAUGUAUCCAGCAUGUUUUAUGUUGUCAUGGUAGGAAUAUUAUGUAUCCCACCUUGUAAUUUUAAAUAGAUCGGAUCUGCUGAAGUACUGUGCAAACAAAUAUACUAACAAAGAGGUUGUAUAUGAUUAUUCUUAAAUAAUAGAUUUCAGAGCUCUAACCUACAUUUUAUAAUUUAUAUCAUUCUAAGCCCUACAACUUAUGUAAGCUAAAUCUCUUUAAUAAAUUGACUGGGAUCCAGUUCGUUAAAUGUGAAAUUAAUUAGCUCUUCUUCGUCUGAUCAGGGCCUUGUAUUUGGAGCAAUAACAUUUAUUAUAAAUUUUAGCAUAUUUAAUUAAUUUUCAUUCCUUUUAUAAAAAUUGUGUAAAUUUUAUUCCUUGUCAUAUCUUUUUUAAAAACUAUAGUUUUAUUUAUAGCUUAUUUCCUUAGGAUGUUUGCCAAAGCAGAAAAAAAAAAUAAAAAAUGUAAAAUUGUAAGGCAAACUCAAUGAAUGUAACAUCAUCAUUCACACCAUUUAUCCAAAGCAAAGUACAAAUCACCUGAAAUUUUUAAAAAAAAAUUGUAUUAAUAUUUAACUUUUUUAAAAAAAUAAAUGCAAUCAGAGGACAAUAUAACUACUGUUCGUCCUAGACAAAGUGUAUUUUUGCAUCACAAGGGACAUUACAAGAUUUAAUCAAAUACACUAAAAUAUGAAGAUUGAUUUUGGCUUAUAAUUACACUAAAAUAUGAAGAUUGAUUUUGGCUUAUAAUUAUAUAUGCUAAAAUGCAAAAUUAUAGCAUACAUUCAUUUAGAUUUCCAGUAAGUGUUUCAGGCUCAACCUUUGCUUUUAAGCUACAACAUUUUGCUUGCAUUUUAAAAGUUGUAGAAUGUGACAACAGAUAAUCAGUUUAUAACAGCUGCUGUUUGUUAAUUAGUUUAAUAUGACAACCUCAAAUAAGGAAAAUGUUAAUUUUCAGUGGAAUGAUAAAUUAGCAUGAUUUAAAUAAUCUUUUAUCCAUUUAGUUAAAUGGAGAAAAAAAAAUUGGAUUACAUUAUUUUGAUGAAGUUCUGUUGUUUCAUUUAUUUAAUAAGAUUUGUCAAGAUUUCAAACAUUAAUUAACAAUUUAAUUAAAGUGGAUAGUUGCCUCUCAUGUGACCAAAAGUGCUGUGAUUUUCAUACCUACCGCUACCACAAUGUCUAUAUAAAAACAACUACAUGUAUCUUAACUAUAUUAAUGGUUUUGGGGUUCAUUUUUUAUUUCACAAAAUUUAAAUAUUUCUAUGUGACCAAUUUUUUUUACCUGAUGUGAAUUUUCAAUUAGUUAUAUCCACUGAAAAAUGGAUGUCUUUGCCAUUAAUGUAUCAAUUGUGUGCUGUUUUUUAAGGCUAUAUCAGUGUUAUUAAAAUAAUAAAAAAGCUUUAUACCUGUAACUACUGUGGAGUUGAAAUUAUACAAUAGGAAAUAAAAUAAGUGAUAAAAAAUGUUUAAUAUUAAAGCUGUGUAAUGUUCAGUUUUGUGCAC